GUUCCAGGAGUUGUGUCUGGCUGGGAGCCGGAGCUGUGGGCGCUGCACGCCGGGCUGGGAGCGGACUGAGAGCCAGCUGACUGGCAGCGGCGGCCGGGACUCCUCAGGCUUCUCCCUGCAGCCGGACCCCAGGCUCCCCGAGCCCAGCUCCCUCCCUCCCGGCUGGCUGGCUGGCCGUGUGAUGGAAGCGGACAGGAUGGACGAGAAUGAAUGGAGCUAUCACGGAGAGGGGAACAAAAGCCUGGUGGUGUGUCACACGCAGGUACGGGGGCCGGCAGGGCCAGCCGGGGGGGGGAAUAGCGGGCGGAACGUUGGCUGGGGGCUGGCACGGAGGGCGGAAGGAGACACACACCGCAUGGCCAUAGCACCUCCUCUGUCACACUGCUGGGGGACAGACAGAGCGCUGGCUGAGGGUGAUGGGGAGUGACACCUGGCCAGCUCUGUAUCAUGCCUCUUGUGAUGCUGCAGGUAUUGCUGCUGGACCACAACUGCUGCAACUGCAUGGGUCUGUGAAUGCACAUUCCUGAAUGCUGGGUCUGUGAAUGCACAUUCCUGAAUGCUGGGUCUGUGAAUGCACAUUCCUGAAUGCUGGGUCUGUGAAUGCACAUUCCCGAAUGCUGGGUCUGUGAAUGCACAUUCCCGAAUGCUGGGUCUGUGAAUGCACAUUCCCGAAUGCUGGGUCUGUGAAUGCACAUUCCUGAAUGCUGGGUCUGUGAAUGCACAUUCCCGAAUGCUGGGUCUGUGAAUGCACAUUCCCGAAUGCUGGGUCUGUGAAUGCACAUUCCCGAAUGCUGGGUCUGUGAAUGCACAUUCCCGAAUGCUGGGUCUGUGAAUGCACAUUCCUGAAUGCUGGGUCUGUGAAUGCACAUUCCCGAAUGCUGGGUCUGUGAAUGCACAUUCCCGAAUGCUGGGUCUGUGAAUGCACAUUCCCGAAUGCUGGGUCUGUGAAUGCACAUUCCCGAAUGCACAUUCCUGAAUGCUGGGUCUGUGAAUGCACAUUCCUGAAUGCUGGGUCUGUGAAUGCACAUUCCUGAAUGCUGGGUCUGUGAAUGCACAUUCCUGAACGCACAUUCCCGAAUGCUGGGUCUGUGGAAUGCGCCUUCCCGGGUGCUGGGUCUGUGGAAUGCGCCUUCCCGGGUGCUGGGUCUGUGGAAUGCGCCUUCCCGGGUGCUGGGUCUGUGGAAUGCGCCUUCCCGGGUGCUGGGACUAUAAUCCUGACCAAUGUUUAAAAAUUUUUAUGUUGUGCAUACCUUUUGGGAAAGUGGUUGUGUCCCACUUACUUCUGAGACAGGGAGGGGUUUAGAAACAUACCCCUCUCUGUCUUAUUAGAGAUUUUGGCUUAAAAAAAGCAACGUGAAUUGAUACUGUAGAUCUCAUUUAAGAGGGUUUUGUCUUGACGUGGCAGGCGAAUUUACACUUUAAAGGCACACUAUAGGCAUCCAGACCACUUCAGCUAAUUGAAGUGGUCUGGGUAGAGUGUCCCUAUUGCACUUAGUGCUGCAAUGUAAAACAUUGCAGUUCCAGAGAAACUACAAUGUUUACAUUGCAGCACUAGGUCUGCCUCCAGUGGUUGUCUCCCAGGCAGCCACUGGAGGCGCUUCCUGGAUCCUAAAGGAUCUUUGGUCCGGUAUCUGAAGAUGGAUGUCCUCACGCUCUGCAAAAGGACAUCCAGUGUCAGAUUUCCUCCCCCCUCUUACAUCUCUGGUAUAGGUUAUUUUUUUUAUUAAUUUAAAGUUACAUUGCCCAAUUUUUAUAUUUUAAUGAGAUCUUAUUCCUGCAUAAUAAUACUUUAAUAUAGAAUUUCGGAAGUAGUUUCCAAGCCUUUUUUCUUUACUUCAGUAGAGCACAAGAGCAUCAUUUGUGUUAUUUGUGACGUGUGUGUUUUGACAAGGCAGGUUUUGAUGUUUUGUCUUUAAUAUGGACUUUCCCAAAACUUCAUGUUUUACCAGCACAGUUUUGCUGGAAAAUAUAUUAUCAUGUGUUACAAUAAAUGACAAACUGCAUUUUUGCUUUCAGUAUUUAGUGUUUUGCUGCUUACAGCACUGUAGCUUUUUGUAUUUAAAUUUUUGUAAAUAAAAAUAUAAAUAAAAAAGUAAUAAUGCGUAGUCAUAGGCAGAAUUAUUUAUAUAAUAUAUAUAUAUAUAUAUAUAUAUAUAUAUAUAUAUUAUAUUAAACCCCCCCAGAAAUAAGCAAUACUCUCUUGGGUGAGAGCACUGGUAUUCAGUAGCCCAAAUACAUAAAGCAAAACCAAAAAAAGUUACCAGCACACAAUCCCAAAUUAAAAGAGGUUUAUGGUAUGACUGCAAUGACCAAUAAAGUGUAAGCUCACCUGCUCUUGUCUAGGCAAACCUCUUAGUUGAGUCCUACACUAAUAAUUCAUGUUGCUGCUUUGAGCUAAAAGGCAGUAUUUCUAAUGAGACAGAAAGGGGUAUUCAAAUGAACUCCUACAAACUAACCAUUAAUAGGGCACACGGAAUGUAGUAUAGCACUGUAAAUAGUACUAUGUAAUACAAAAACAAAUAAGCCAUGUGUUCAAACUCACAUUGCAAUGGUACUAAAAAGACGAAGAUAUAAGGAGAUUCUGAUCGGUGCAGGGCAGUGUUUUGAUGCACAUAUGCAGUAGCUCCCCAUAGCUUUCCUAUGGAAAAGCAUUGGAUUGGAUGAGAUUGUCAAGAUUGAUGAUCUCAGCCAUGGAGGCACGGCAAGCGGUAGCGAGACCUAUGUGGUGAAGUACGUUUAAAAACCUUCUAUCCCAAAUCUGAGGAAGCCGGUGACCUAAAUAGCUAGUCUAACGCUAUAGUGUAACUCUCAGUUAGGAAGUGGCUGAAAUACCUUGGUAUUACCAGGUAAUCCCUGGUCUUCUAUGUAAACCAAUUGCACUACUGUUAUAAGAAAGAAUAUGUGCUUGCAACAUAACUGCAUUUGGUAAAGCUUAAAUCAUGUCAGAAACAGAGUGGUAAAUGUAGGAGGAAAAAACUACAUUUUGGUUUCUCUGGCUUUACAAACGUACAUGCAAAAAAGGACUUGGAUUCUUAUGCAAUGAUUCAUUCAGUUUUGUAGUCUAGAGCAGAUAUAGUGUAUGCAGUGUCCCUUAAUGGAAAUGUCAAUACUUAAUAAACAUAGUAAUUGUAUGUCUGUGCAUUGAUUGCUGGACUUUGUAGUGCAAAAGGGAGAUUCCAAAGCUGCAUUAAAGGACCACUAUAGUGCAAGGAAGACAUACUCAUUUUCCUGGCACUAUAGUGCUCUGAGGGUGCCCCCACCCUCAGGGUCGCCCUCCCGCCCGGUUAUGGGGAGAGGAAAGGGUUAAAACUUACCUUUUUCCAGCGCUGGGCGGGGAGCUCUCCUCCUCUUCUCCGCCUCUGAUCCUCCCUUUCGGCUGAAUGUGAACGCGCGGCAAGAGCUGCGUGCGCUUUCAGCCGGUCUCAUAGGAAAGCAUUUACAAUGCUUUCCUAUGGACGCUUGCGUGUUCUCACUGUGAUUUUCACAGUGAGAAUCACGCAAGCGCCUUUAGCGGCAGUCAAUGAGACAGCCACUAGAGGAGUUUGAGGCUGGUUUAACCCUAAUAUAAACAUAGCAGUUUCUCUGAAACUGCUAUGUGUUUAAAAAAAAAAAAAAAAAAAAAGGGGUUAAUCCUAGAGGGACAUGGCACCCAGACCACUUCAUUAAGCUGAAGUGGUCUGGGUGCCUAGAGUGGUCCUUUUUAAUAAGAACAUUUUUUUUUUUCCUGACUUGUUUUGUUUGUAUCAUGCAAUCUGUGUUUUUACCUUACAUGUAUGUUUUCUAUUAGCACUUACAUACUGAUAUACUUCCUAACUCGGUGGCAUGCUCACAUUUGUUCUCUAUUUACUAUAUUGCAUCUAGAUUUACUGUGACAAUUUUAGAGUUGGAAAAUGGUCAUCCACAUGACAGAGGGGUUUGAGCCCUCAAAUGGAAAGUAAAGGAAAAAUGUGGUUGUAGUACUGUCAGUUUAAAAUUUAACUUUGAUAAAAACCAAUGUGAGUUUAUUGACAUGUAUAACAGUAAGUUAAACUGCCAUUAAUCAAUGCAGAAAAACCACUAAUAAAAAGUGAAGUAAAAAUAAACCAAGAAAUGAAGAAAUAAUUGUAAUAAUAAAUAAAAUGUUGGUGUGACAUAGUAGGAGGUGGAUCGAGCAACUGCAGUGGCCGGAUUUUGGUGCUGGAGAAUUUUGUAUUUUUUUUUUUUCUUUUUUUCUUAUUCCAAAUUUUUACUUAGAUUUGUGGGUUUAAAGGGACACUGUAGGCACCCAGUCCACUUUAGCUAAUUGAAGUAGUCUGGGUGCAGUGACCCUAUUGCACUUAGGGCUACAAUGUAAAACAUUGUAGAUCCAGAAAACUGUAAUGUUUACAUAGCUCUAAGUCUGCCCUCUGUGGCUGUCUACUAGAAAGCCACUAGAGGGCUUCCAGAAUAGAGAUAGACUUUUGGUCCCUUAUCUGACCCUGGAAGUCCUCAGGGACCUCCAGCGUCGAAUUUUUCCCUAUAGGAAAGCAUUGAAUAAUGCUUUCCUUUGGGGAGGUCUAAUGUGCGUGUGCCCGGCCAUCGCUGUGCAUGCGCAUUAGGUCUCCCCCGCUGGCUGCUGUCCCCUGUCUGCUAUCGGCGGGGAGGAGCAUGGGCGGAGCCUUACCCAGCACUGGGGAACAUCGACGCUGGAUUCAGGUAAGUGGCUGAAAAGGGUUUUAACCUCUUCAGGCCCAUGUGAGUCUGGCGCGAGGGAGGGUAUGACCUGUUAUUCCUAUAGUGCCAGGAAAACAGGUUCUCCCGGGUGCUGGGACUGUGGAUGCGCGCUCCCGGGUGCUGGGACUGUGGAUGCGCGCUCCCGGGUGCUGGGACUGUUAAUUUUAUCUUUUUGAGAUGCACUUCGGUCUUUGUGAUAUAAUCCUGACCAAUGUUUAAAAAAAUUUAUGUUGUGCAUACGUUUUGGGAAAGUGGUUGUGUCCCACUUACUUCUGAGACAGGGAGGGGUUUAGAAACAUACCCCUCUCUGUCUUAUUAGAGAUUUUGGCUUUAAAAAAAGCAACGUGAAUUGAUACUGUAGAUCUCAUUUAAGAGGGUUUUGUCUUGACGUGGCAGGCAAAUUUACACUUUAAAGGCACACUAUAGGCAUCCAGACCAUUUCAGCUAAUUGAAGUGGUCUGGGUAGAGUGUCCCUAUUGCACUUAGUGCUGCAAUGUAAAACAUUGCAGUUCCAGAGAAACUACAAUGUUUACAUUGCAGCACUAGGUCUGCCUCCAGUGGUUGUCUCCCAGGCAGCCACUGGAGGCGCUUCCUGGAUCCUAAAGGAUCUUUGGUCCGGUAUCUGAAGAUGGAUGUCCUCACGCUCUGCACAAGGACAUCCAGUGUCAGAUUUCCUCCCCCUCUUACAUCUCUGGUUUAGGUUAUUUUUUAUUAAUUUAAAGUUACAUUGCCCAAUUUUUAUAUUUUAAUGAGAUUUUAUUGCUGCAUAAUACUUUAAUAUAGAAUUCCGGAAGUAGUUUCCAAGCCUUUUUUCUUUAUUUCAGUAGAGCACAAGAGCAUCAUUUGUUAUUUGUGACGUGUGUGUUUUGACAAGACAGGUUUUGAUGUUUUGUCUUUAAUAUGGACUUUCCCAAAACUUCAUAUUUUACCAGCACAGUUUUGCUGGAAAAUAUUUUAUCAUGUGUUACAAUAAAUGACAGAAACUGCAUUUUUGUAUUUAGUGUUUUGCUGCUUACAGCACUGUAGCUUUUUGUAUUUACAUUUUUGUAAAUAAAAAUAUAAAUAAGAAAGUAAUAAUGCGUAGUCAUAGGCAGAAUGACUACGAAUGUUUGCCUCAGAAAAACAAGCAGUCUGCUGAUAUAAUCAGCAGUGUUGGCCUGAUCCAAUCACAGUGCUUCCCCAUAGGAAUGGCUGAGACUGACAAAGAGGCAGACCAGGGGCAGAGCCAGCAUGAUUCAAACACAACCCUGGCCAAUCAGCAUCUCCUCAUAGAGCUGAAUUGAAUCAGUGAAUCUCUAUGAGGAAAGUUCAGUGUCUGCAUGCAGAGGGAGGAGACACUGAAUGUUUGGAUGCAUUUUAGGCAGCCAUGACCCAGGAAGGAUCUCUAACAGACAUCUGAGGAGUGGCCAGUGAAGUUAUCACUAGGCUGUAAUGUAAACACUGCAUUUUCUCUGAAAAGUCAGUGUUUACAGCAAAAUGUCUGAAGGUAAUGAUUCUACUCACCAGAACAAAUUCAAUAAGCUGUAGUUGUUCUGGUGACUAUAGUGUCCCAUUAAUUGCAGAAUUGUGUAGAAUUUUUUUACUUUUUUCAAAAGAUUAAAUGUACAAAAUAUCAGCACCAUUUAUCGGCAGUUGGCCCGAAAGGCGACUGAUAAUCUGUGUCGGUAUUGGCUUUGGAAAAGUAAUAUUGAUCAACUCCCUUCUUGGAACAUAUUUUGGGUGUUGGUCUUGCCAAGGGAACUUCACAAAAGAUUAUGGAAUAUAAAGGUUUAGGUUAAAAAGAGAAACUCUUGAUUUAGGUUAGUUCAGGCUUCAUUAGAACAUUAUAGCAAAGUGUUCUAUUGUUUUGAAGCAGAAUUAUAAAGUGUCAUUGGGCAAUAAACAAAGAUUUAAGCAGCAACAGGACAGAUAAUGUGUAUUUGUGCUGUGAGUCAUGUUUGUGGCAAGUUAGGGGAGAGGAUUAGAUAGUGUUGGGAGGGAAAGUGGGGGUAGCUAUUGACUGAUGCUAAUAUGCAGAUGAUGAAAUAGAUGCCUGAUAUGUAUAGACAUGUGUACAAUGUUAAUGUUUAUGACAAACCACUACUUUAGUUUUGCAUUUUAAUGUGACUAGUAUUCAUUACAGGAAGCAUUGUGCAUUUAACUGGUUCUAUACAGCAAUUCUUAUUACUUUUGACAUGAUUUGAGUUAUGUUAUAAAUAAAUUAGUCUUCAAGUGUAAGUGGUAUCACUUUAUAUAGCACAACAUUUACUUUACACUUGCUAGCUGGAGGAUUAGUAAAUAGGUUAUUAUCGUGAUAAUUAAAGGUUAUUGAAGUGGAUGCUCCAAUACCUGUCUGUAGCAUCCAAUAAUGCCUGGCGCAAAAAUGAUUCUUCUAGCUUACUUGAAGCAUUACUUGUUUGUAUAAAGAAACUGUGAAAGAUGGACGUGUUUUUUUUCGCAGAUUCUGAAAUUCUAAAGUAUGUCAGACAGUCUAUUUCAAUGGUUGUGAGGAAUCACAAGUUAAUAGAUCUAAUGUGCUUAUGAAAACUUGGAUGAUUACGGUUUCUGCGUCCUGGAUGCAAACUAGCCGUGUUUACUCGAAACUAAUGCGCACCUCAAUUUUUGAAACCUCGAAGCUGAAAAAAAAAUUUUCACUGACGAAUGUGAUUGUAAUUAUUAUUAUAUUUUUAUUAUUUAUAUAGCACCAGCAAAUUCCAUAGGGCUGUACAAUGGUAUGCACAUUUUGUACAAGAGGAUCCUACUGUACAACGUGCAUUGUUUUUUGUUAAUUUUUAUAAUAGUUCCUUAUAACUCAAAUAGCCCCUCACUUUAUGACAGUUCUGUUCCUACAACAGUUCUGUUCCUUAAGCAAGGACCACCCUCUUUCCCGGGCGAAAUUAGCCUGUGUGAAAUUUGCUGACUAAAUUCAAAAUUUACUGUCAAAUUUUGAAUUACGCCAGUGACUUUAUGCGCAUCUAAUGCGUCAUUGGAUCUUAUGUGCAUUCAAAUUUCGGAAACUUUAUUUGCCCAAUAAAAGUGCAAAUUAGAUUUGAACCUGGUAAUAUUUGUGAAAUCUGUCAUUAUCUUUUGUUAAGAUGGGAAAUCCAUUUCUACAACUGUAAUACAUAUGUCCAUAUAUCCUGAAUUCUGUGACUGUCUUUUGGGGACACUGAAAUAAACUUUUUAGUUUGUCUUCAAUGGUGGGUUUUUAGUGGUUUUCCUAUCAAAGAAAAGAUACAUGAUUCUUUGACUUUCACCAUUAAUUUGAUGAGCGUAUAUUUUUAUAUAUAUAUAUAUAUUACACACUAAUUUUUACAUUUGUUUUGUAUUUUUUUUUUUUUUUCUGUAAGCGAUCAGUGCUUUUAAACACAUCUUGCAUUUUCAUUUUCCUCCUGUUGUCUCUGGAAGCAGUACUGCAUGAUACUCUUUACUGAAAUUUUUUUCUUAAUCUUAUUAAAAGAUUAUUUCUGUUGGAAUAAUUUCAUAGAAUGUGUCCAUAACAAAGUUAAUUUACUAAAGGUAGAUGAGAGCUGCAGCACUGCUGAGAUACCCAAGCAGACGAAGACCUCAUUUAAUAGGUACAUGUAGACAUUGGAGGCAGUAUAUGUUGCUUUAUCACCUUUUUCCUUAAAGUAUUUUGUGCAUGAGUAAUGGCCUCGUGAAUUCCAUGCGUUAAUGUGUAUCAUCCUGUAACUGCAAUGACAUACAGUCAUGUAUUUCAAUAGCUGCUAUGAGCUGAUUCAAGCAAGCAUUUAGUCAUCAACUGGAUCAGGGGGUUAUAAAAAGAUGGUUACAUCAAUUUAACUGCAGCUUGGUCACUAGCAUAGCACACCCAAGAGAAAAGUGUAUGCACACUGUGUGGCAAUAAACAUUUCCUUCUCAAAAUCAUCACAGUUUUUUGUUGUGCGUUUGUAGUUCUAGCCAUAGAAAAGCGCUUUUAGUGAGGAUAGUGUGUUUGAAGGAAGUGUUAUAAACUCGAUCUGCUGAGUAAGGCUGCUGUUGCCGGCUUUCACAGACCGUCCUCUGUAGAUAUUUGGCCGGAGCUUUCAUCUGCUGGCUUCAAAACAAGCAACGUUUACAGGCUUGCAAAUCAAGCUGUGUGAACCUUGGAUACAUAGAUUGCACACCCUACAGCACAGUUUCUAUUCUUUCUUUAACUUUGCAUUUAAAGGAACACUAAUGUUAAUACAUUUUAGCAUUAGUGUUCCUUUUUUAUUUUCUGUGUUACAAACAAAUGCGUUAAAAAAACUCUAUAAAAUGCACGUUUGCUCCAGUUCUAGAACCGACGUCUUGCUGCAGCUGCAUCACCUGAUUAUCAGUCCAGUACUUCUCAUAGAGAAGUAGCAUUCGGGAUAACUGAUGUGCUCCAACAAUCCAAAGCUUGACGAUGCAAAACAUGAAGACUUUCAAAAUUGAAGGUCUCAAGGCUGUAGUGCCUCUAGUGGCUGACAGUCUUGUGUUGUACUUUCAUUGAAAUUCCAACGCAGUCAAAAGAUAUCAUAAGUCAAAGUAUGGACUACUUUGUCUUCUGGUAUUUCCCAACUUACAUAGUUACAUAGCUGAAAAGAGACCUGCGUCCAUCAAGUAUUUCUCAAAUUUGUUUUUGCUGUUGAUCCAAAUGGCAAAAAACUGUCUGAAGCACUUUCCAAUUUUGCAACAAACUAGGAAAUAAAUUCCUUCUUGACACCGUAUAUUUUUUUGCACGUAUUUAUCCAAUUGCUGUUUAAAUAUCUGUGUAUAUUCUGAUAAAACCACCUCUUUAGAGAAUUCCUCAUUCUUAUUGUUCUUACUGUAAAAAAAAACUUUCCUUUGCCUUAGACUAAAUCUCCUUUCUUCCAGUCUAAAUGUGUGACCUAGUGUACUAUGUAUAGUCCUGUUUAUGAAUAGAUUUCUUGACAAUGGGUUUGUAUUUGCCCUGAAUAUAUUUGUAUAUUGUUAUCAUAUCACCUUUUUGAGGUGUAGUUUUUUCUCAAACUAACAAGAUUUAAAUUGGUUAACCUUUUUUUUUUUUUCAUAACUAGUUCCUUCUAUCAAUUUUGUAGCUCGCCUCUGCACUUUUUCUAGUGCCAUAAUAUCCUUCUUUAGAACAUAUGUUUAAAAUUUCACAGCAUAUUCAAUAUGUGGUUCUUACCAGCGAAAAAAGGUUUUCAUCUCAAAUUAAUGCCCCUAUUUAUACAUGACAAAACCUUAUUUGCCUUAGCAACUGCCAAAAUUGCAUAUUGUUGCUUAGUUUGUCUAUAACCGUUCCCAAAUCCUUCUCGUGUGUUGUCUCUAAUUCAACAUACAAGAUGGAUUUGGGAAUUUUUAUAGACAAAAUCUUGAUGGAUGAAGCUCCAGGAUCUAAAGAUCAAAGAUGGCGGUGACCAUAAGGGACAAUUUCAGGUAAAUAUAACUCUCCUGCAUUCUUUAUUAGCCAUUAAAACGACUAACUACCAUAAUGGCAACUGAAAUAUCGAAUGUAUAUGUAACAUAGUGAUGGGAAACACAUGAAAUGGGUUGCCUUGUAGUAUGUAGAGUUAAGAAGUUUUAGAUUAAAUUGGCACUUUGUGGAAUUUGGAAAGACUCCCAAUAUUGACAUCGGUGGGGGACUGGGAAAGGUGAGUUUCUAUCUUUAUGAAAUGGGGUGAGUGGGGGGAGGUGCCGCUUUAAGUAAUUAGACAAUGAAGAAUCCUCCAGAAUAUGCAUUAUACAUACGGCAGAGUAAUACUUUAGAUGCUAUUACAAAUCUGACAAAUGUAUCUGUAUCCCUGAAGGGCAAGUAAAUAAUUGAUUAAACCAAGAGAUGAAGGGGGGGACUCAAUUUAUUCUCUAAGUGAGGCAGGGAGAAGUUGAUUGCUAAAGGUCAGAGGGCUAAUUGCACUAUGGCCUAGUCACAGUCAUGGUAGAAUGAGAUUUGUAUCUGCAUGAAAUUCCAGGAAUCUAGUAAAGUUAGUAAUAUGUGGGUGUAGGAGCUUACAAUUCAGACGGCAAGAGAACGAGAUAAGCCUCUCAGCAUUUUUUUUUUUGAAAGUUCUAUGUAAAGGGACACUAUAUUCGUCACCAGAACAACUACACUUUUUGUUGUAAUUAUUCUGGUGAGUAUAAUCAGUCCCUGUAGGCUUUUUGCAGUAAACACUGUUUUUUUUCAGAGAAAAGGCAGGGUUUAUUUUUCAGCCUAGGGAUACCUCCACUGGCCACUCCUCAUAUGGCUGCUAGAGAUACUUCCUGGGGCAUUGCUGCACAGUAUGCAGCACUGACAUGCAAUACCACCAUAGGGUCAUAAAUACAUGUUUGCAUUCCUGACCCUAUAGUAUUCCUUUAGUGUUAUAGUGGGAGAGUGAGACAGGACAAGGUUACAAUGUGCAGAUUGGGUGCAAUUGCAGUAAAAUUGUGUAUGUGGGGUUGACAGUGUAGUUUUACUGAGAAUCACAGGGAUAUGUCAUAAAAAAGGAUAGAAUGGGAGUUGAAAGCAUUUGGUGAUAUGGAUAGUAUAACAUUUAUAGGGUUUAUUUGUGCAUCAAAAGUUUGUUUUGAACAUUCUCAUAAAAAAACAACAACAACCUAGAACUAUUUUAAUGUUUUGAACAUUCUCAACUCUUUAAAAGAGUUAUCAGAAAUAUUCUGUAAACCUGGAUGAAUGGGUAAUUGGCCUGAUAGUUUUAUAGUUAGAAGUUAUGAGGAUUUCUCAAAGUCCAACUUGAUAGAUGCAGGUGACGCAUAACAGUACUAUAUACACUGACCAGCCACAACAUUAAAAACACUGACAAGUGAAUAACAUUGAAUGAAUAUAUCAGUACAAUGGCACGCGGCAAGGGGUGGGAUUAUAUUAGGCAGCAAGUGAACAGUCAGUUCUUGAAUUUCAUGUGUUGGAAGCAGGAAAAAUUGGCAAGAGAUGAGAUUUAAGUGACUGGGUGAUGGCUAGAUGAUUGGGUCAGAGCUAGGGAUCGACCGAUAUUGAUUUUUCAGAGCCGAUACCGAUAUUCUGUGAACUUUCAGGCCGAUAGCCGAUAUAAUUUGCCGAUAUUCUGUACAUUUACCAUUUCGGAAAAUAAAAACUAUUUCUAAAGGUAAAUGCACAAAAUAUACAUGCCACGUGUAGUGGAUGCAGUGUGACAGGGGAGCUGUGUGUGUUUGUGUAGUGUGUGUGUAGUGGAUGCAGUGUGUGUUUGUGUAGUGUGUGUAGUGGAUGCAGUGUGUGUUUGUGUAGUGCAGUGUGUGUUUGUGUAGUGUGUGUGGAGGAUGCAAUGUGUGUUUGUGUAGUGGAUGCAGUGUGUAUUUGUCUAGUGUGUGUAUUAGUGUAGUGUGUAUAUAAUGAAAGCAGAGUGUUUGUGUAGUGUGUGGGUAGUGUGCGUAAAGUGAAUGCUGUAUAUACUAAAUGCAAAGUGUGUGUGUAUAUAAUGAAUGCAGAGUGUGUGUGUAUUUGUGUAGUGUGUGUAUAGUGAAUGUAGUGUGUUUAUAUAAUGCAGAGUGUGUGUUUGUAUAGUGUGUGUAUAUAAUGCAGUGUGUUUGUGUAGUGUGCAUUAUAUAAACACACUACACAAACACACUGCAUUAUAUACACACACACACUGCAUUAUAUACACACACACACUACACAAACACUGCAUUAUAUAUACACACUACACAAACACACACUGCAUUAUAUACACACACUAUACAAACACACACUGCAUUAUAUACACACACUAUACAAACACACACUGCAUUAUAUACCCACACUAUACAAACACACACUGCAUUAUAUACCCACACUACACAAACACACACUGCAUUAUAUACACAGUGUGUUUGUGUAGUGUGUGUAUAUAAUGCAGUGUGUGUUUGUGUAGUGUGGGUAUAUAAUGCAGUGUGUUUGUGUGCAUUGUAUACAAACACACACACACACACUAUACAAACACACACUGCAUUAUAUACACAGUGUGUUUGUGUAGUGUAUAUAAUGCAGUGUGUGAGGGGGCAUUUUUUAUUAAAUUAUUAAAAAAAAAAUUAUUUACUUAAUUAUUAUUUAUUUCUGUUGUCCCCCCUCCCUGCUUGUUACCUGGCCAGGGAGGGGGGAUAUAGCAGUCCCUGGUGGUCCAGUGGUAUUGCUGAGCUUUGGGGGGGGCGGGCAGCAAGCGCUUACUCACCUCCCAGCAGCUCCUCCAGCUCCCCAGUGCAACUCUCGCCGCCAGCGUGUCGCGCGGAGCGUUGCCAUGGUGAUCCAUGGCAACGCUCUGACGGCCGCUGGUCUCGCGAGAGUUGCACUGGGGAGCUGCUGGGAGGUGAGUAAGCGCUUGAUCUCCGCCCCCCCAGGACCGCCGGGCUUGUAAUGAGCCCGGCGGUCCCAGGAGGUAUUAUCGGCAAUAUCGGUAUCUGAAUUGGCCGAUACCGAUAUUGCCGAGAAUACCGAAUAUCGGACGAUUAUAUCGGUAAAACCGAUAAUCGGUCGAUCCCUAGUCAGAGCAUCUCCAAAAAGGCAGUGGUUAGUACCUACGAAAAGUGGUACAUGGAAGGACAAUCAGUGAAUCCGUGUCAUUGGCGCCCAAGGCUUAUUUAUACAUGUAGGGAGUAAUCAUACAGAAGAGCUACGGUAGCUCAAAUUGCUGAAAAACUUAAUGCUGGCCAUGAUAGAAAGGUGUCAGAGUUCAGUGUAUUAGAGUUUGCUGCAUAUUGGGCUAAUUACCCCAUCCGAGUGCUCAUGAUGAUCCACAAGUGCUUUCAAUGAGGAUGUUGGUGCUGGAUCAAUGGAAGAAGGUUGCCUGGUCUGAUGAAUCACAUUUUCUUUUAUAUCAGGUGGAUGGCAGAAUGUGUCAGUCGUUUACCUGGAAAAGCGAUGGCAGCGAAUGCACUGUGGAAAAAAGGCAGGCCGGCCGAGGCAGAGUUUAUGUUCUUGGCAAUAUUCUGCGAUGUCCUGUCAUUCAUGUGAAUGUUACUUUGACACAGACCACCUAAUCAGAGAUAGUUGAAGACCAUGUACACCCCUUCAUGUGAAUAGUGUACCCUAAUGGCAGUAGCCUUUUUCAGCAGGAUAAUGCCCCCUGCCACACUGCACAAAUUGCUCAGGAAUGGUUUGAGGAACAUGACAAAGUUCAAGGGUGUUGACUUGACCUACACAUUCCCCUGAUCUCAAUUGGAUUUGCACAACUAUGGGAUGUGCUGGAUCCAUGGAGGCCUCACCUCAAAAUCUGCAGGGCUUAAAGGAUUUUGUGCUAAUGUCUUAGUGCUACCGGACACAUUCAGAAGUCUUGUGGAGUCCACGCAUCAAUGCUUUAGCGUUUGGCAGCGUGAGAGGGACGUACACUAUAUUGGGAAGGUGGUUUUAAUGUUGUGGCUGAUCAUUGUAUAUUCAUUCAUUCAUACAGUGUUUUAUUCUGUGUGAGUUGGAGGCAGCCUGUGGCGGAAGAGUCAACCAGUCCGCACCCUCCUUAACCCCUUAAGGACACAUGACGUGUGACAUGUCAUGAUUCCCUUUUAUUCCAGAAAUUUGGUCCUUAAGGGGUUAAAGGAACAAUAUAGUGUCAAAACGUGUAUUCCUGACAAUAUUGGUAUAAAACACAAUUUAGGUGUCCGCACCACGUGAAAAAGGUGGUGUACUUGCCUUUUUCCAGUGCCGUGUGGGUCAGGUCGUUGCUGUCCCAGCUCCCACUCUGCCUCGGCUCCUGCUCUGCCUUCUUGACUGAGAGUUUCAAUUCUGAUGAUGUCAGACAGUCCGUUUUCCCAUAGGAAAGCAUUGGGAGGCCAGUGCGCACACACGCGGCACAAUGCAGCGCUGCAUAAAUCCGCAUCUCCUCAUAGAAAUGCAUUGAGAUGCUGAAUGUCAGUGCUGCAGUGAAAAUGCAGUGUUCACAUUAAAUGCUUGCCGGAGCAGGCUGUAUAUACUAGAACAACUACGUUAAAAGGACACUAUAGUCUCCUAAACAACUUUAGCUUAACGAAACAGUUUUAGUGUAUAGAUCAGGGGUAGGCAACCUACGGCACUAGUGCCAUGCAUGGCACUCGAGGUGUCUUUGCACAGCACUCAAGGCUACAAGAGCCAAACAGGCUCUGGCCUGUCAGGAGUCCCAGUGAAUCUUCAGAUAUCUGCUAAUACGAAAAAGGUGGUAAAGGACAAUCUUUAAUUUAUGCAAUGCAGCACAUAGAGGGGAUCUCAGAUCACUUCCUACCAGCACUUGUGAAUGGGAAUUCACACUAGAGUAGAGCAGCCCACAGCUUCCUGUUGCAGCUUCUGUCCUUGACCUGUACCUGGCCAACCUGGUCCCCACUGGACCCCAGGUAAGCCACCCACACUGCUAGAUAUACACAGAGCUGCAGAAUAAGCCUCCCCUCAUACAAAUAAUACGAACAGCCCACACACAAACGCACAAACACAACACCACCAACAAUCCACAUACAUACAUACAACUCCACAUGCAGCCUCUCACAUGCAAUACCCCAAACAGCCCCCACACAUACACACUACCAAACACACAAUGUGACAUCCAUUCACACACAAUUCCACAAGCAGCCCCCAUACACAGCCCAAAUUCAUAGGUAUUAUACAUGAUACCACAAACUAUUAAUGAACAUAUACAAUAUAAUAGCUCAUAUACGCACAAAUACAACGAUACAAAGCAACUGCAGUAUAAAUAACACAAGCAGAAUAUGGCAACAUGCACACCUCAAUUUAAAGAAAUAGGACCAACACGCUACGGGACAUCACAAUCAUAUUUCGGCACAGUGCUGCUAAAAGGUUGUCUACCCCUGGUAUAGAUCAUGCCUCUCAGGUUUCACUGCUCAAUUUACUGUCAUUUAGGAGUUAAAUCACUUUGUUUCUGUUUAUGCAGCCCCUGUCAGACCUCCCCUGAGUCUGAUUGACAGAGCCUGCAUGAAAAAAAAUUGGUUUCACUUUCAAACAGAUGUAAUUUACCUUAAACAAUUUUAUCUCUUGCUCUGUAAAUUGAACUUUAAUCACAUACAGGAGGCUCUUGCAUUGUCUAGCAAGCUAUUAACAUAGCAGGGGAUAAGAAAAUCUAAAUUAAACAGAACUUGCAAUAAAGGAAGGAUAAACAUUAGAUGACUAGUGUUUUUGAAGGCUGUGCAAGUCACAUGCAGGGAGGUGUGACUAGGGUUCAUAAACUAAAAGGGAUUUAACACCUAAAUGGCACAGGAUUGAGCAGUGAGGCAAUUAGGCAAGAUACGUACUUAUGGCAAAGAAAAAAACGCUAUCGAGCAAAUAUUAAAUUACAAGUACUGUACUGCCAAAAUAUGAUGCACAUUGUAUCAGAAUGUGACAAAACAGUGCUUCCCAACCUUUUUUCACUUGUGUAUCUCUUGGCAUCUAUUCUGUACUCCUCAUAUUCGCAAAAUGAUUGUAGUUAAUAUAGUUGCUGUAACUUUAAAUGUAUACAGUUUUUUUUCUAUGCCCGAUCUCUCCUUUUUCUUUGCCCAAGGUCCCCUGUUCUCCUCUGUCCCAGGCUUUCUUGGUCUUUCUCUGCCCCAGGCUCACUGAUUCUCCUGUGCCCCAGGCAUAUUGGCAUAUACAUACUCUGACACACAUGCAGAUACACAGACGCGCGCACACACGGACACACAUGCAGAUACAGAUGUGCUCACAUGCAGAUCAGAUACAUAGGAUGUUGGCUUCUGCUGGCGGGGGCUGUUGGGAUUAAGGCUCAUUUCCCAGUCUGCCCUCUCCUGCGGCUAUGUCUGUGCCAGCUGGGAGGAAGUGACUGUCUCUAACUUCCUCCCAGCCUACCCUGUAGAUAAGGAGAGUCCUGGUUGCACUUUUAACCCCUUAAGGACACAACUUCUAGAAUAAAAGGGAAUCAUGACGAAUAUUUCCGUCAUGUGUCCUUAAGGGGUUAAAGCACCACAGCAGCACAUGAUCAGGCCCUUGAUGGAACAUAGCCCCUCCCCCUGCGUUUCCCAACCUGUCUGGUGCAGCUGCACCGGUGGUAGAAUCGCCAUUACUGACUUCCUCCCCUCUUCCCCCCCACCCCCCCAUUUCCCACUAUCCACUCUGUGUAACGCUGGGGGUACGUGUACCAAGGGUUGGGAACCGCUGUGCUUGUAGACUCUGUGCUGGUAUAUUGAAGAGAUCACGAACAAGUGCAAAGUCUUCUCUCACAAAAUGUGCCAACUCUCUUUGAAGAGAUUUUAUAUGUGCACAAUAGUGCUACAAUUACGGCUGAUUACUCACCUUUCUUAACAUUUUAAUUACCCUAUCUUAAUUAUAUAUAAUCUUAAUUCUAUUUUCUGUAAUUGAUCAUUAAAAUACUUUGAAUAGUCCAAUGUUGUGGGUAGAGCCCCUCUCUGAUGGAUGAGUCAGACAUGGGCUUUCAUUGUAGAUUGCAAUGAACGAAAUAACGUGCAAGGUGACAGACUAGGGGGGAAUAGCAGUAAUUGAAUCGGGACAUGUAUGCAACAGGAUCUGGGUUCCUGAAAUAAAUUGACCAGAGCUACAGUGACACUCACAUGCUUGUGCACACACCUAAUUGAUAUAAAUAACAUGGCUUCCAUCUUAUAGUGCUUUAGAAAUAAUAGCUCUAGAACAUAUUCAAGCUAAAUUAGGUUAAAUGCUCUGGUCAGGUUAUUAUAGAUCAGGGGUAGGCAACCUUUUAGCCGCACGUUUGUGUGUGUGUUGCUGAAUUCUGCUUGUUAUGUAUGGGUUCUGCAGUUACUUUAUAGGGUUGUAUUUGUGUGUGUGUGGGGGGGGUUUCCUUGCGGGGGUGUCUGUGGGUUCCCAGUAGUAUUGUGUUUGUGGGGGUUGUGUAUCUGCUUCUGGACUGUGUGGGGGACACUUCUUUUGCAACUGUGUGUAUGUCUGGCUUUGUAUAUCCCUGGGGUUAAGUGAGGGGCGGGGUUGGGCCGGCCAGGUACAGGACAAGGGUUGGGGUUGUGGUAGUUGCUGCUCUCCUCCAAUGCAGAUUCACAUUCUCUGAGAUCACUUCCUUCACGUUUUGCAGUGAUUAAAUUGAGGGCUUCCCCUCACCAACUGAUACAAUCACUGCUAGUUCUGAAUGCACCAUGGGGCCAACUGAUAGACUAGCUCCUCAUGUCUCCUCAUCCUGUUUGGGUCAGGCAGCUUUGUGUGCCAUCCAAAGUCACCCAGAGUGCCACAGGUUGCUGACCCCUGUCAUAGAUCCUUUUUUUUUUUUUUUUUUAACUUUGCCCAUUUAUCGGUAAAUAAAAAGAUAUUUGCUAACUGCAUCCUGCUGCAGAAAACCAAUGGAUUUAAUAUUCAACUGCAGGCUAACUACUAUGGAAUGUGUGGUGCCCUUUUCUAAAUAAGGGGUUAUCUCUCUUGCAUAAAAAUCAGGGGAAUUACCUUGAUGUCUCUGUACACAUUCCAGUUGCAAAUGUUCCAGUGGGUGUGAGUGAGUCAUACCUGCUGUAAAACAAAUAAACUAGCAGCAGGGUUAGGUACUAUAGUGAUAUGCAAAGCUGGACAAUCCACAGCAGUGAGGUAGCAGAGUAUUUUGUACUAUUUCAUAAAUGUUCCGUGGGAUGUGCCUAUUUGUGAUUCCUAGUAAAGAAAAGAAAAAAAAACUAUUGUAAAGCCCUGAAAUGGUUUUUCUGACCUCUAAAUUAUGAAUACAUCUGGCCAGCAUUUCUAAGACACACUGCUAUUAUUACAAUUAUUGUUAAGUGAAGUACGUUUUCCUCCAUCUAGGAUUAGCUGAAGUGAUAACAUAAGGCUAAGCAAAAUAACAUCUUCAUGACAUAGCCUUCAUAUAUGGAAAUUAUGUGAUUCUAUCCCCAUUUUAUUUAUUAACUACAAGAACACUCGGAAUAGAAAUGUGUGCUCCUAUCGAUAUAACCCUGCAAGGGUUAAUAAGCUAUUGGUUACCAUUUAUCCCAUGUAGCGCCGCUCUCUCCAGCCUCUUUGGCUGAGAUUAUCAAGCUUGAUGAUCUCAGCCAAUCCAGUGUUUUCCCAUAGUGUCAUGUGAUGCGUUCCACAAUUAUGCCUUCUAUAUGGAGGCUAAUGUGCAUAUGUGGCAAAACACAGCGCUGCGCCAAUCUAUCUCUAUAAGACCAUCUGAUUUGCUGGACAGAUAUGCAUCUACUAUCUGUCAGUGACAGGAACUAGAGGGAUUUAAACCCUGCAGAACAGCACUGGUUUCACUAGCAGUGUUAAAAUGAGGGGGUCAUUGCACCCAUCAUGAGUGAAUCCACAGGCAAGAUAUGCCUGUUGAUAGCUUGCAUCAAUACAAAUGUUCACCCAUCCUUAAUGAAUGAAGCUAAUUGCUUUUCGAUCAGCAAGGUAAUAAGGCGUGCUGGAAGUCUGGCCAAAUGUAUCCUUUUUCAUUGAAAAAUAAAAAGACCAGAUAGAAGAAUCAGGGAUUCUAAGGUUUUCUGAGGAGGAGAUGGAACUUGGCUUUAUUUGCUCAAAUUGGGCAACUGUGAGCUUGCAGAUUGAUCGGGGAGUUAUUUUACUACAUUUAAUAUGAAUAAAGACUGUUAUCAUUUCUUUUUGUUGUUCUUUAUUCAAAGUACAGUUAUUUUCUGGUAGCUUGCUGCAUACUCUUCCUGCUUUGGAUCACUUAUAUUAAAGGACCACUAUAGUGCUAGGAAAACAUACUAGUUUUCUUGGCACUACAUGGUCUCUAGGUCCCCCUCCCGCCGGACUCUAGGGGGUGGAAGGGGUUAAUCCCUUACUUUUUUUCCCCCGUCGGGCUCCCUUGGGGCGGGGAACUCUCCUCCUCCUUUUCACCGUCAUCGGCUGAAUGCGCAUUCAGCCAGUCCAUAGGAAAGCUUUCUCAAUGCUUUCCUAUGGACGCUGGCGUCUUCUCACUGUGAAAAUCACAGUGAGAAGCGGCUGUCAAUGAGACAGCCACUAGAGGCUGGAUUAACCCAUAGGUAAACUGCUAUGUUUACAGCAAAAAGGGUUAAACCUAGCUGGACCUGGCACCCAGACCUCUUCAUUAAGCUAUAGUGGUCCUUUAAAGGAACACUAUAUUGUUAGGAAUACAAGCAUGUAUUCUUAAAAUGAUAGUCCUGGAGUGGCCGUUUAGGUAACUUGCCCCCCUCAGCUUGGAGGUAAAAGGUAUUAUACUUAAUUUUCUGCCGCCACUGUGCAGGUAUUGUCGUGGCUGGCCCUUAAUAAAGCAUUUGGAGGCUAUUGUGCAUGCGCAGCAAAACACUGCGUUGCGCCAUUCUGCAUCUCCUCAUAGAGGUGCAUUGAAUCAAACCAUCUCUAUGGGUAUCCAUGCAGAGCAUGCAGAUGUGGAAUGUUGAUGCUGCACACUCUGCAACACUGAGAUAGGAAGCACCUCUAGUUGCCACCUGAGUGACUUCUCCUAGAGGAUUUACUAGGUAGCAGUGUAAACAGCGUUUACUUUGAAAGUCCUGCAGGGACUGAUUAUAAUCACCAGAACCACUAUACUAAGCUGUAAUAGUUCUGGUGACCAUAGUGUUGUUCUUAUUUUGUUUAAUCCUUUCACUUUACUUAUAAAGCAAUGUUGCCAUUUCACAUUGCUAUUUAAACCAGUGCUUUUUUUCCAGUUGGCAGCCGUUACAAAUUCCUUGAAUAUAAUUCCAAAUGGGUGUGGAAAGCAUUAACUUGAUAUAGUAAUUAAUCAUUUUUUUUUUUUUUCUGUAGAAAGGUCUCCAGCAGUGUAUGUAGGAGAGAGAGUUUAUAUUUUUGCCUCGUGCAUCCAAUAAUGACAAUUCCCAUUGUUUCAUCGUCCCACUUCUGUAACUGUACUAAAGGCUGACAUUUGUGAGGUGCAUAUACCGUAUGUAUCAAUUCUUAUCAUAUUAAGUGUCACCGCUGGUUAUCUGUCUGUUCUUUCCUCUACCUGCCCCAAGAAAUUGCAUUAUUCUUAAUGGUGGUUUUUGUUCAGUUCCCUGCCGUAUUUUGUACUUAAGGUGCCUUGUGAGUGCAGGCUUUGUACUUCUAAAUGUCACAUUGUGCACUCAGGUUACUUAGAAAGUCAUGUGAGAGACGACCCUUUUCAUGAGAUCGCUGUGUGGAUAUUUUAAGAUGGAUAUAUGUGAAUACUUUUAGAAGUAGUCAUAAAAAUUCUUUUUUUUUUUUCUUUUUUUUUUUUCAUACAAAUUGACAUUUGGGUGAUGUCUGUAUUUAGCCUGGAGAUGACUAUCAUGCGUUAAAAAGAUUUAUUCUUUGAAAUUUGUAGCUAAUCCAAAGUCUAGGAAGUGGGUUAAUAUGCACAGGGGAAGCAUAUACCUUACAAAGAGUGUUUGACUCUUUAAAAAUAAAAUAAAUAAAAAUCUUACUGUUGUUUUUGGGUGGUGCUUCUUCCUUUGAUGGUAACCCGCCACCCCCCAAAAAAUGCACACACAAAAAAAAAACAUCCCACAAGCACCAUGGAGAAGAGAACUACUUUAAUGAAUUACAAAAUAUUCCUUGUAGCGAUUGGUGGCCAGUCCAGCAAGAUUUCUUUGGACGUUUUUGGACUUUUUUUGGUCAAAUGAUAAAAUACCACAUUCCAAUACCUGUUCAAAACUCGUCUGGUUAGUUGCAUCUUUGGUAGGUGCAUGUUUAAAAUUGAAAAAUAUCAACAAAUCCAUUUUAGAACUUGUGAUAUUGCAUUUGUGUCAAUGUACCAAAACAUGUAAUAAUUUGUUUUCUGUCUUUUCCAGCGUUGUGUGGUCCUGAGGUUCCUGAAGUUUCUUCCAAACAGGAGUAAGGUAUGACUUAUUUACAAUGGUCUGUUCUUACAAAGACAUUCAUGCACUAACUUCCUUUCUCAUGGGUUUUAAUCCAUGUAAGUGGGUACAGUUUUAAAGGAUUUAAAAAAAACGAUAAUGUGAUAGUUUUAUAGUUCAAAUGAAUUCUUCAAACUCGUGUUACUCCCCCAAUGUAUCUCAGGUUAGCUAUCUUUUUGAUACUUCCAAAGCCAGUAUUUAUAGAGGAAAAACCUGUCAGUGUCAGGAAUACAAAGCUAUAUUCGCAUUAGACCUCCCCAUAGGAAAGCACUGAGUCAAUGCUUUCUUAUGUGGCAAAACUCUGACGCUGGAUGUCCUCAUGCAGAGCGUGAGGACAUCUAGUGUCAGAUACCGGUCCAGUGACUGUCUGGUAGACCGCUGCUGGAGGCAGACUUAGAGCUGCAAUGUAAACAUUGCAGCACCCUGACUAUCUCAAUGAGCUAAAGCGGUCUGGGUGCCUAUAGUGUCCCUUUAAUACCUAUAGUACUUUUCUUUCAGCAGUGCCAAAGAUUUUAAACAUAUUCUGGGUCUAUUGCCAGUCUCAUAUGAAGCACAGGUUCAAGUUUGUGACUUUUAAAGAGGACACAUGUAAGAUUUGUGUUAAAAUCUGAGCUGUACUGAACAAUGAAGACUACUUUGUUUCUGUAUAUUUUCUAUGCCUGACACUUAUAGACACUGGGCAGAGCUACCAAUGAUGGCUGCAGGGAAUUGGCUCUGUCAAUGCAGGAUCUCUCGGGAUCCUUCAUAGACCUCAAUGCUGCACAUGUGAAAGUAUAGUGGUGGCGUUGGCUCCUGGCGAUAAGGGGUUAGUAGGUGAAGAGGACCUCCCGAAGGAAGAUGGAUGUGCCUGCGAGGGACAGAUUCAGGUAAGUACAGGUAGAUACAACAAAGGUUGGAAAGAAAUGUAUGUUAAAAGAGAUUGGUUGGUUGGCAUUAGUGGUAUGUUGUAUUCUGAAUGCUACCAGCAUCCAUGAUAUUUAAAUAAAAUGUGUGAAUAACAUUUUUUUUUCCCCUUUAAUUCAUGAAGCUGUUUUUCCCCCCCUUUCUAGACUGCGGAGGAAGUCUACCAACACUUACAAAAAAUUUUGGACUUUGGCAAACAUGUCAUGAAGCAGUUUCUUGGAGAAAACUAUGUUCAUCACGGGGUAUGUUAAUGAAGCCUUGAAUACAUGACAAACCAUGGUCCUCUUUGAUAUGACUAACUUGUACAAUAGCUUUUGAGAUCAGUGCCCAGCAACCACUAAAAGGGAAUCUAAAAAGUGACACUAAGAAUGGUCUUUUUGGAUAACUAGGUAAUAUUCAAUAUCACACUGUGUUGGGGUAGUGGAAUGAUUUGUGAAGUUCUUUAACCUCUUAAGGACACAUGACAUGUGUGACAUGUCAUGAUUCCCUUUUAUUCCAGAAGUUUGGUCCUUAAGGGGUUAAAGGGAUGGGAUUUGAGAGCAUUUCAGUGGCCUUUUGAUUUCAACAUAAUAUUGCAAAUAUAGAGGCUAAAUUCCUCUCUUUUUGUCUUUGUUUAUUUUGCAAGUGAAUGGUUGCAUUGUUACACAGAGCUUUACAGUAGCAGAUCACAUAGCCUAGGAGACUUGCCGAUUGGGGACGUUUUGGAGAGGUGCAGCUAGAUGCAUUUAACUUGAAUAUUUGUGAUAGUUGAAGCAGUUUCGCUAGAUAACUUCCAGGGCAGGUGACCAAGAUGGUUAUCUUUCCUAGGAACAUCUAACUCACUUUAGCGUGCUAAAAUACUUUGUGUUAAGUUUGCCCUCAUUUUUCAUUUUACAAAAAGUGCAUAUUUAAGAGACUUUUGUAACUUAGCCUUAUCACACUACAUUGGCUGUCAAUCUAACAACUGGUCCUGCUACUAGUUUAGCUAAGUGGAGGUAAACUAAAAAGGCAGGUAGUUGCCCAGAGCACCUGCUUUGCAAAGACGUCUCAUUGAGCUUCUUUGGGAAAUAUGUGAUUGGACAACCACAGAAAGUUUGGGCUGGGGAAAUAGGGGAAGGCUUGCAAAGGCCGCAGACAAGAUAUAUGCAGCUUUUGCAAGCUGUUUUAGAUCUAAGUCAUAUGAUAUAUUAUAUUUUAUAAUUGGGCUGUGCAGUGUUUCUUUAAGAGAUUUGGUGUCAAUUGUGCUUAAUUUUUUUUAAUUUUUUUUUUUUUAUGCAUUACUGAAGUAUAAAAUAAGGCCUUCUUUAAUUUACAUGCCUGUCUGAUUAUUACACGUUUAAAAUAUUAACAUAUCCUAUAAGGUGGGCUAAUAUGGGGCUACUAAUUAUUCAGCUGAAAGACAUGUAGUUUAUAAAAUAAAGGGAAGUAUUGGAGAACCACGUAUAUUUAUAAGGAGACCCACCAUCUUAUUGUUAAAGGAGCUCUAUAGGGUCAGGAACACAAACAAGUAUUCCUGAUCCUAUAGUGUUAAAACCACUAUCUUGUCCCCUUGGCCCCCUUUGCCUCUCUAAAGAUGGUAAAAUCUUACUUGUAGGCAAGUUUGAAGCUGCUGCCUCUGCCUGUGAACUUCCUCUGACAUCAUCAGAAGUGGUGGCCUGAUCCAAUCACAAUGAUUCCCCAUAGGAUUGGCUAAGACUGACAAGGAGGCAGAUCAGGGGCAGAGCCAGCACAAUUCAAACACAGCCCUGGCCAAUCAGCAUCUCCUCAUAGAUAUGAAUUGAAUCUCCAAGAGGAAAGUUCAGUAUCUGCAUGCAGAGGGAGGAUAUACUGAAUGUUUGGAUGCAUUUUAGGCAGCCAUUACCCAGGAAGGAUCUCUAACAGUCAUCUGAGGAGUGGCCAGUGAAUUUAUCACUAGGCUGUAAUGUAAACACUGCAUUUUCUCUGAAAAGACGGUGUUUACAGCAAAAACCCUGAAGGUAAUGAUUCUACUCACCAGAACAAAUUCAAUAAGCUGUAGUUUUUCUAGUGACUAUAGUGUCCCUUUAAUCAUUAUGGUCAUAGAAAAACAUUUGACCAUCAAGACCAGAAUAUGUGGUUGGUUUUAUUUAAUUAUUAUUUAGGGUUCUGUUUGUAAAAUGUGUUGCCAUUUGAGGGUCCACUGCCACAUAAGGUAAAUAUUGUAAUGUAUCUUGUUUGUAAGUAUUAGAUCACUCUUUACAGGAAGUGUUUAGGAAGGCUGUGUAAGUCUCAUGCAUGGAGUGACUAGGGUUGCAUAACUAGCGUGAUUUAACUCCUAAAUGGCAGAUAUUCGAGCAGUGAGACCACAGUGGCAUGAUCUAUACACAGAAACUGCUUCAUUAAGCUCAAUUUGUUUUGUUGGCUAAAGUGUCAAUUUAACGCUUUUUUUUUAUUUUUAAUUUUUUAUUUUUUUUGAGCAAUUGACAAUAUUCAGGAUAUCACAUAAAUUGGUGUAAAACAUUAGCUACUUUGAAGAUUCGAUCACGUUCUCCAUUUCUCCUUGGUUAGUGUUACUGAUAAAUCUGUAAAACAUUCUUAAAGAACUUUCCUAUGUUCCUGUGCCAUAAAAAGGAUAGAUCACAGUACAAAGUUAUAAAUCUUUACUGCAGCCAAAGGUGAAUUAAAUUUGUAUUUCAAAUUGCAACAGUAGUACGAAAUAAUGAAUAGGUGUUUCGGAGAUAUCUAAAAACUAUAUUACACACCACAUAUUUGUUAAUUAGUACAGGAUAUGCAGAGUAGCAAAACAAAAAGGUCCUAAUUCAUCAUUUGGAAGCAAUCCAGAUAUAAAAAAUAUUUUACCAAAAUGUAUUUUGUUUAGGUAAACACAGAUAAAUCUGCACAUAUACUACAUAAUGAUAAGGUUCUUGCGAAAUAGAAAAGAUAGUAUAAAAUGGUUAAGAAUACCUGAUAUAUUACAUCAUCAGUUCAACUAAGCAAUCUUUUUUCCCCCCAACUAAUUUAACCCCUUAAGGACCAAACUUCUGGAAUAAAAGGGAAUCAUGACAUGUCAGACAUGUCAUGUGUCCUUAAGGGGUUAAAGGACCACUAUAGUGCCAGGAAAACAUACUCGUUUUCCUGGCACUAUAGUGCCUUGAGGGUGCCCCCACCCUCAGGGUCCCCCUCCCGCCCGGCUCUGAAAAGGGGUUAAAACUUACCUUUUUCCAGCGCUGGGCGGAGAGCUCUCCUCCGAUCCUCCUUUUCUCCUCCCCGUCGGCUGAAGGCGCACGCGCGGCAAGAGCUGCGCGCGCAUUCAGCCGGUCACAUAGGAAAGCAUUCAUAAUGCUUUCCUAUGGACGCUGGCGUGCUCUCACUGUGAAAAUCACAGUGAGAAGCACGCAAGCGCCUCUAGCGGCUGUCAGUGAGACAGCCGCUAGAGGAAAUAGGGGAAGACUUAACACAUUCAUAAACAUAGCAGUUUCUCUGAAACUGCUAUGUUUAUGAAAAAAUGGGUUAACCCUAGCUGGACCAGGCACCCAGACCACUUCAUUAAGCUGAAGUGGUCUGGGUGCCUAGAGUGGUCCUUUAAAGACCCCACUCCUGGGAGCACGUGCUAAAUGGGUCGAUACCCCAGACGUUAAUAGUCCAUUAAUGAAGUAGGCUACAUCAAUUAGGCAGUCUUAACAUAAAAAUGCUUUGUUUCUUUAGAAAGAAAAUAAAAAAACUCUAACCGCUUUGCAAAGCACACAGGGAGUGUGUGUGAAUCACGCUUUACGCAGGGCUUCUAUAAAUAAGCCUCGUGAAUAUGAUGUUUAAAACUGAACCAGAAAGUGUUCUCAUAAGUGAAGUUCCAGUGAUUCAGAGAGGUCAGGAAGGUCAUCCAUUUGCAGAUGCCAUGCAUGUGAGAGGAGCUGGGUGUAACAUUGGGUAAAGUCAGAUGGGUGGAAACGAAGGCUUGGGAGGAUUGCAGGAGGUUGUGAAAACAGGACAUGGCGGUAAAACAAGAACCAGACAUUUCGUACAGAAAUAAUGGUCCAAUGUUUAUUUCCCACAAUUCCCAGUUUAAGGAAUGACUCCGUGGGUGUCCAACCUCCCAUCUUCUACUUGUUCAAUUUGUAAUCAAGCAAGUCCAAUAUCACGAGAGGACAGCCAGGCUCCAAUAAUAAGAAUAAUAAGAAAAAAGGAACAUGAAAGAUACUACAGUUAUUACACAUGGAUUGUUUACCAGAUUGGACUAAAGUUUGAUUUGACAUGUAAUAGUUAAGUAACAACUGUUGGCAGUAGCUCCACAUGGACAUUUCUGAGCUAAUUGGGGGACGAGCAGGGUUAUUGGAGAUAUCUCCAGUGGGUUUUAAGCAGCACAGACCAGUAUGCUGGAGUAUGAAAUGGUGCAUUGUAUUGAAAGAAAUGGCUGUUUUUACUUGUUGCCAUCUAGUGGAUGUACCGUAACAUCCAAGGCAUGCAUUAUCAGAGGAUACAUGUAAACGGCAUUAAACUAUGUGUAAAUGCAGUGAAACAAAUUGUGGGGUAGGUCACGGUUUGUUGCUUGAAAGUAAUGUAGAAUGUUCUGUUUACAUUCAAGUAUUAUUGAACAGGGCACGCAUUCAGUACAGAUUUAUAUAGAUUAAGAGCCUCAACAAUCAAAUAUUUAAGUAGCUCUAAUUACUACAAAGUAGCUGAAGGUUUUCGUGGAAUAACUGUUAAUUUAAAAUCUACUUAAUUUUAGACAUACUCUCUAUAGGAAGGCCUGGAUGAACUUGAAUUCUAUUUUUAGCACAUGGCACGAUAGACAUCACCAUUUUUAAAAAACCUUUUUUAAGUUGUUUAUUUUAAGAAGAACCAUUAAUGUGCCUAAUCCUGUUAUGGUUCGUUUUAAAGAGGCACACUUACCUUUUCCAUUACUUGGAUCCAUGCCAUUUUAACACCCAGGUGUUGAAGCAUACAGGCUGCAAUAAGCAGUGAAUGUUUAAAGAGGGGACUGUAACUAGAAAUGCAAUACUAGUUUGGUAUAAGUUAAAAAGAUCUUGCUGCAGUAGUAUUGUGUGCAUUUCCUUUUUUAACUCAAUACAUUAAAACUGCACACCAAUGACUGACUGUCUAAAACUGCAUUUAUGUCUGUUAAAUUUGAUUUGAACCAUUUACAACCAAUACAGUUGAAUUAUUCUACAUAAAACACCGUAAGGGUAAGCUGACAGCUACCUACAUCCACAUCAUUGUGGAUGUACAACUUUGCCUGUUACUUUACUGACAAGAUUGAACAGCUAAGGAAAUAAUUCUCCCCUCCUUGCCAUUCUGUUUCUCAACCACACAUAGAUCAUGCCUUUCCUACCCUUCAGACAUUCUCCCCGGCUACUGACCAAAAGGUGGCCGCUUUUCUCUUUUCCUCUCGCCCCACCACUUGCCCGCUCGAUCCUGUCCCAUCUCACCUUAUUAGAUCUCUCUCCACUUGUCUCGUGCCUUCCUUAAUGCACAUAUUCAACUGCUCUCUCUCUUCUGGCAUUGUCCCUGCUGACCUUAAACAUGCCACUGUAGUACCUAUACUAAUAAAACAUCCCUCAACCCGUCCACCCCCUCUAACCACCCUCGUCCCAUAUCCCUGCUCCCUUUUUCCUCAAAGCUUCUGAAAAGACUUGUCUUUACCCGCGUUUCUCAUUUCCUCAAUUCCAACUCUCUCCUUGACCCUUGAAGUGCCUUAAAACCCAUCUCUUUAGGAAAGCUUAUGGCCUCAAAGACUAACCUCUACCUCACAUACCUGUCUCUUGCUCUCUCCUAAAGGGCAGCCCACCUUAUUUGACUGCAAAUUCCUGUCCUAAUGUGUCUUACACUCCACCUCCUAUAGAAUGUAAGCUCGAUUGAGCAGGGUCCUCUUCAACCUAUUGUUCCCGUAAGUUUAUUGUAAAAGCGCUACGAAAUCUGUUGGUGCUAUAUAAAUGGCAAUAAUAAUAAUAAUCAUUGAACAUCUGUACAGUUACUUGCUGCAAGUGACAAUGAAACCACAAUGUAGAAACAGGAAUUGAGUGAUAGUAGUUUGUCCGUUCACCAGCCACAGACAAAGAUUAAAACGGAACUAAAAGAGCCUGGAUAAACCAGAUGCUUCGUUGAUCAGUUCUUGGAAUGAGAGAACAUAGAAUUCUGUUUAUUGGAAUUGAACAGCCAUGUGUGAAGUUUUCAUAAAUUCGUACAAAGUAAAGACCAGUACAGAUCUCUGCAGAAAAAAAGCAGAUGCCAUGUGAGACAGAUUGCUGUUAAACUGUUGACUGUAAAUCUAAUUCCUUAAAAAAAAAAAAAAAAAAAGUGUCUGUGUAGUCUUUAUCCAUUUAUCAAUUUAUGACCACGUGAGUUAAAUACUGUUACUAUCAAUUUGUUUUGGCGCAUUAUGUAACUUUAUCCUUAUUUUACAUAAUGGAUAUAAAAAAUGCAGAAUAGGAAAUUUUUCUCUUCUAUUCAUUUUUAUUUUUCUGGAGUAUUUGCACUGAUGCAUUGCUGAUGUGGAAUUUUAUGGCUUGCAUAUAAUCCACUAAUCCAACAUCACAUGUCAAAUGUAGAUGGAUAAUUGCGUAAAACUGCUAACUUGCCACCCUACUGCUUACCUUUUUAAUUGUUUGCUGUUUGAACUGCUAUUGUUUUUAUACUUUUUUUUUUUUUCUUUACUGUGAAUAAAUAUGCGUUUAGCCUGGUCAGUAGAUUGGCCUACGUAAAGAAUUUGGCUGAAUUUCUAACCCACAUUUGGUCUCAGGGACCCUUUUCUGAAACCCUUUUCUGUCGAAUGUGUACACAAGCUGUACCUGUGUGAACAUUUGCAAUGGGAUUUCAAUGGCGAAGCUGAAUGUUCAGCCAAGACCAGCAACAACAUUAGCAUUCCAGAUGACGUCUUUAACUCCUGGUUCUGAUUUUUAUUCAGUUGCACCUAAAAAUAAAUGUCAUUACUAAAAACAUUACUAGCCGCUAUGUAGAGACCGUGUUCUUGUACCAGAAGAGUUCAUGGCGCAGUGAAUAUAUGGUAAAAAAAAAAAGUACAUAGCUGUACUUUUUAGCUAUAUAUUGAAUUUAUUUAGUAGAAAUACCAGUGAAUACAUACUUUCUCUCCCAAGCUGGUGAUUUAUUUAAGGGUUAUUUACUAAAGGAAGAAUUGCCUGGAAAUAAGUGAAUUCGAAUUUAAGGCUAAUGUAGCCAAACUGGAACAAUUCUCCCAGUCAACUAUGCUUUCACUUCUGCUACUUUGACUUGAAUUUUGAAAUUCACUUUGAAUUUUAAAGAAUUUAGUAAAUCAUCUUGUUUGUGUUUUUGCACGAUCUGGUUGAGAUAGAUAUAGAUACAUUAUACACAUUCCAUCCAUUUUUCAAGGUAAAACAGAAAGGUGCAAGUAGAAUAUUUCACAAAUGUUAUAAAAUUGCAUCAGGUAUGCCUAACCCAACCUGACAACAGGUGAAACCUUAACAUUCUGGUGAACAAUACAACCUCUAUAUUCAUUAAAAGAGAGAGAACGUACACAUUAAGAUAAUGCAGAGCACAUAAGGGAAUUUGAAAAAUGUGUCUUCUAUUGAUCCCACACAUUUAUUGCUGCAAUGUUUUCUACACGUUUCCUUGGUUCUCCUAAAUGGAAGUGAUAUUUGGAAGAUCGUGACAGCUCUUCUUGAAUCUGAUUUUUCCAGUGUUCCUUAAUUCGGAAGUUUUCUCACAUUUUAUCUUCCAUCUCUUCUAAAGGUUUUACAGUUCAUGGCAUAAUAUUGUCGUGUUACCCUUGAAACAUAAAAAUAUAACUGUGAUCUUUAUAUUGCAGGAGGUGGUGAAGUUGCCAUUGGAUUUUCUGAAACCUCUCUGUUUAAGGGUUCAGUCAGAAAGACCAGGUGAGAUUUAUUAACUCCUGCUGAUAAAUGAGAAUAGGAGUACCAGUAAGGCACUGUGGUUUGUUUAUUAAGUACACAAACUGUCCUCUUAACUGUGGUUCUCAUUUAAACAUAUAGCAGUAUGUUGGAGUAAAUAAGCAUCAAAGGAACGGUAUAGCGUUGGGGAUACAAAUCUUUAUUCCUAAUACUAUAGUGUUCUAGUUGCAAAGGCUAAUGAGUAGUUCACCUUUGAUCCUAUGCCAUGCUGCUCUGUACUUGGCGGUCCCCACCUACUUGGCAGAGAUGAUCAGUCUUGAUGAUCUCAGCCAAUCCCUUGCUUUCCCAUAGGAAAGCAAUACAUGGCUGGUGCAUGUGUCGGCAAAGAGCCAUGCUACACCAGUUAGAUGGUUUCUAUAAUGGUCUCUAGUGGCUGCUAUUAGAGGCAUUUAAACCCAUCAAUGAAAACAUUGCUGUCCCUGCAGAACAGUAAUGUUUUCCCUGGCAGGCUUAAAGGACCACUAUAGGCACCCAGACCACUUCAGCUCAAUGAAGUGGUCUGGGUGUCACGUCCAUCUAGGGUUAACCCUGCAGCUGCAAACAUAGCAGUUUCAUUGAGAAUGCUUUCCUUUGGACUGAUUGAAUGCGUGCGCGGCUCUUGCCGCGCAUGUGCUUUCUGCGGAUGAUGUCGGAAGAGGAAGGAGAGUCCCCAGUGCCGAGGGAGCCCAGCGCUGGAGAAAGGUAAGUACCGGCUGGGGGGGACCCAAAGAUCCUAUAGUGCCAGGAAAAAGUGCCAGUAAAAAGUGUUUUCCUGGCACUAUAGUGGUCCUUUAAACCUAAAGGGGCAUAGCACCUCCACUUGCCAGCUCAGAGUGCGUGCAUGCAGUACGUGCUCUCAGCUGGCGAAACUGUCCAGUCUCUGGCUUCUCAUAGAGAAGCAUGUGAUUGGACCUCACGUGUCCCUUUCUUAAUGUCAGCAGAGACAUGGAAUGCAUUGAGAUGAAGUGGUCUGGGUGACUAUAGCUUUCCUUUAAGCUAAAGUACCUUUGGUGCUUAUAUUGUUUAAUAUCAGAGCCGUGUAGCCUUUUGCAUGUGUGUUCUGGCUGACUGGUGACCAAACUAGGUACUGCUAUAGAACAUACAAUAUUGUAGAUAGUGGGGGAAGUGAAAACUAAUGGAAUGUUCAUGCUGAAUGCUCCACUUUAGAAUCCUGAUAACUUUAAUAUGAGUGCCGUCUAUCUGUGUUACUUAUAGUGGAACAACUUAACCAACUAGAAAAUGUGUGGUUUUUAAUGUACCUUUUUUUUUUUUUUUUUAACUUCUAACUACACUGGUUAAAGUCUGUUACCAAAAAGAUGAAUUUCUAGCAGUAUUUAAAAUGUUAAUGAAGGAAUGUUACUAAGCGAUGUGUAUGUAUAUUUAAAUAGAUGCAAUUUAUAUUUAAAGAAAAGUAGCUCUGUCACUGUACAUGCAAAUGCCUUGUCACUGAGUGCCCUCACAUCGCUGACUAAUGGCUCUGAUCUUGUUGGUGAUCAUUUUAUUAGCCCCAGGCAGUAUGUUUGAGUCAGUUACUCAGCACGUUCUAUUUCCUGUGGUUUUUAUUUAUUUAUUUUGUAAUUUUUAUAUUGUGACCGUAUGUUUGAUAAAGAGAUGUAAAGGGUCUGGCACGGAUUGGUCAUUGAGCAAUGAUCCGAAUCACUGAUGACACUUUCACAGAUUGUGUCACAGUUUAUCUCACCCAUUUAAAAAACUAAAACAAACAAACCCAUUUCCUGUUUUCCUGUGUGACGGUGCCUCCAAGGACAUUUCUAUGUUAGAAAAACCGCAACUCACUGCCUUUAGUGUAAUUUUAUACUCUGCUUAUCAAAUAUUAGAGUAUCAUUUAACUAUAAAUCUAUCAGGUCACACCUAGAGUGGGCAUUUAUUCAGUUUUGUUUCCCCUUUGUUGUAUGUUGUAUUGUAGUUGUUUUAUUGAUGGCAGACUACACUGGGCAGAGCAAAAUGGGUUUGGCAAACCUCCAGGCCACUGGCAAUCAAUGGAGCAAUAUAACAUUUGAUCUGUUCCGUAUUCUAAUUUUGAAUACGGUCCAUUCAUAACUUAAAUUUCAUUCUUUUGCUCAACCAAUUAAUCUCCCUUGAAUUGCACUGUAUAAUGAACCCCCGAGGAAAUUAGAACAGAGAGUGAUGACUGAUCCUACACCUCCCUGAAUUCUGAGUAUACAGUAAUGUGUGUGUGUGUUUUGUUCCUAUGGUCAUUGACAUGUCCUGCAGAAGCAAUUAACUCUCAUAUUAUAGUUGUUUUUGUUCGUUCUUCAAAACCUGUCUUGUUGCAUUUCAGAGUCUCGGUGCGAGAAAGAAAUGGAUGUUAGUGGUUAUGCUAUGUGCCUCCCGAACCUUACCCGCCUGCAGACCUUUCCAUUUAUAGAACAUAGGCCCAUCUUUUGCAUAGAAAUUAAGGUAAGUUGCCCUGUAUGGUAUGUUUCCCCACUUAUCCCAAAUGAAAGAUUCGGAUGCUCAAGUACUGUGGUUCUAGCCCAUUAAAGCUGGCGUAUCCAAAGUUAAUCUCCUUAGAUGUUGUACAAGUCCCAUGAACUUUGCCGGCUAGUGAGUGGCUCGGCAUUACGUGGGAUUUAUUGUUUGCAGUAGGUUUUGAAAAAUAUCUUUGCAUUUAAUAAGUUAGAUUACUUGCACAUUUAAAGGAAAAAUCCAAGCACUAAAACUACUGCAGUGCUUGUUCAUGGUUAUAGUGGCAGGAGUACAGAGAAAGCAGUGGUGGGCGUAACAUCAUGUGGCCAUAUGGUGGAACUAAAUCCCCAUAUUUAUUCUUAGAUAGGCAAUUUAGAAGCCUUCUUUAUGUUGUAUUUUUUGUAGUCUGAGUGCGCCGCAACUAUUUUUGUCAUAGUAGCAGGAGUGUCCUGGCACGCCUCCCUCUCCCCAUUGUAAAUAGUCACACAGUUAAGUAUCUAUUUGAAUUCUUACCUUGGGUCUGCCAUUCAUGGUUUCCUUUAUCUUCCCAGUCUUUGCAAGAGCUUGUAGCUCCGGUCUAACAGUUUACAUUAGCUGAACAGUUUUUAUACUUACAUUGGGGUGGGUUACACUCCUGGCUCCGUAACCACUAGAUCACGCUUUAGUUGUCAUGCUGCUUGGUGUUUUUCUUUAAAAUGACAUGCUAAACACCAAUACAUCUUUAGCUUAAUAAAGCAGUUUAUCUGUAUAGAUCAUGCCCUCUGCAGCAUCCAUGUUAAGUUCACUUCUGCUGGUUGCAACUCCUAAAACCUGCAUACACACUUCCUGAAAAAGAGCUCACUUUUCAAGUUUCCUUUUUUGCACAGUGUGUUUAAUUGGAACUUCUUAUCUUCUGCUCUGUUAACUGUCUGCUAAAAACUUACAGCAGCCUCCUGUAUGUGAUUGGGCUUCGGUAAACACACUGAGAUGUAAAAAUGAACCCUGCAUAAACAAAGUGAUUUAACUCCUAAAUGGCAAAUAAUUAAGCGAUCAGACUGCAGGGGCAUGAUCUAUACACCAAAACUGCUUCAUUAAGCUAAAGUUGCUAUAGUGCUGCAUGUUUCUUUUUUAACCAUGUUUUUUUUGUUGUUUUUUUUUGUCUUUUUCCAUUUUCUACCAUCUUUGUGUAUCACUUACAUCAUUUUUUGCCCUCCCUUUCUCUCACACACACAUUUAUUUAUGGACUUAUGUUUUCUCACCAGCCUAAAUGUGGGUUUAUACCAACAUCUCCACAUAUCACAAAGGAGAUCAAGAAGAAAGUGUGUCGGUUCUGCAUGCACCAGCACCUGAAGGUAAGGAGUGCUACUCACACCCCUGCAUAUAUUGUGAGUCUUUUCUGAUUAAUAGGGGUCAUUUAUUUUAUUAGCCGGCAACUGGUUAAAAAAACAAACAAAAAACUUCUACUUUACAAUUUGCUAUGUGGUACAAUGCUGUAUACCACACUCUAACAAUGAAUGAAUCCCAAUUUACAUUCAGUCCGGUUAGUUUCUCACAAGUUAGACUUAUAACUGAACUGUUAGGCAACCAAAGCAAUGCAGGGGUUACUGGAUAAAGUGUUAGAUAGUGGGCAUGAGGAAGCACCAUAAUGUAUUAGGCAUUGCGCCAUUAUUUUUAAAUUGGAAUGUAACUUUUAUUAUGUCAUGUAUUUUAAGACACAGAUUUUCUUUUUUCUUUUGGUGUUGAUCUAUUUACAAUUAUCUACAGUUGCAAUGUGAGGGAUAUACUUAAACCAGUCCAAGGUUUCCCAAAAUCAUUAAAGAAAAAUGUAAAAACCAUUUGAGUUACAGCGGAUUUGUUGUGUAAAUAUGGUGUUCAUCCCUGAAUUUGUCUUUCGUGAAUACCCAUGUAAGAUUGAAAAGUCUUGCUCACAUUUCAGAUGGCUACUGUUUUGCUUAGUGAAUAGGCUUAUAGAUUAGGGGCAAAUUGUGCUGGUGAAACAGAAUGUUCUGGUUUAUUGAGAGGUUAAAAUUUUGCAUAAUGCUGCAAGACAUCGCAUAUUGUUCUGUUAUCCUUUCAUUUCCAUAUUACACAGGAAAUGGGAUGUUUUGCAUAGAACAUAGAAUAGUUUUUGAUAACAUUUGUCUCUAAGAUCAUGUCUAGUGGCCAUCACUCAGACUGCCUAUUCUAAAAGGAGGCACCUCCAGUGGCCACUUGGUUCACUGUCCUUGUCCUCAGCAUUAAGACUUUGAACACUGCCAUGGAAAUGAGUUGGUAUAAUGCAUCUCUCGGAGGAGAUGCUGAUUUAGUACAAUGAUUGCUACACAUGUGCAGUAGGCUCUAUGGAGAAGCAUUGGAUUGGCUAGGUUAUUCCACAAUAAUGAUCUCUGCUGGGGAGGAGCUGUGGUUGUUGUAAGAGCUUAAAGUAGUAAAACUACUUAUCUUUUAAACUGCAGGAAAUAACUUAGAAAUACAGGUUUGUAUUUGUAACAUGAGUUUCCCAUGUUAACAUUGUUACAAUGUUACCUUAACAUUUAAUAAAAAUAAAAUUAAAAGGAUGUUGUGUUGUCCCAUUAGUGUCCCUCCCCUCCCCACUUAUAGACAAUGCAGGAUAUUUGUGAAAGCUGUGAUCAUUUGUUAUUUAGCAACACAACUUUUUAAUUCUAUUAAAAGGAAUACUCAUAAUUUUGUAAUGAGCUAAAAUAAAUUACAUUACUGAAAGAAUCUGUGUUUAUUGCGUAGUGUGUGUGUGUGUGUGUAUACACAUUACAAUCUUUUAAAAGUCCUCUUUGGUUAGAAUCACUGCUUAUCUGACUGAUGGCUGUGUAGGUAAUCAAGAGGUAGUUUAGGUAUGUGAACCCUGACAUUGUCAAAUGUCAAAUUCCUGGCUUCUAAAUAAAGUGUACCUUGUUACUAUUGCAGAUGUUCAAAGUUGCAUGGUCAUAGCAGAAAGGUGGUCUUUCUGAGUAAAUGAAACAAAAUUUCCUUUCACUUGAUUUUAUUGUGCAGCUUUUCUUUACAUGUGCUUUCAAUGGUUUCUGGCCAUGAUUGUGUUGAUUGUUUACUUGAUGCUUUCAGCCAAUCGAAAUAAAGCAUUAAUUUUAAAUGGGUUUGUGUCUUAUAUCCACCUGCCUAAAUUGUAUAGCUGGAAAAUCCAAUAACCUCUAUGUGUAUAUUUUGACUGUUUCUAUCUUUGAAAUUUUAAAUAGUUUUACAUAAGGCCUUACUGACAAUUUCAAUAACAGUGGUUUCUAUACUAUACUUUACAGUUCAAACCAUUGCAAGUGUGAGGUUAGACUAAAGUCCUAGAUACAAUAUAGUGCCUGAUAUGGCUAUAUAGAUUUGAAGGAGACGUUGGUGCUGUCACUACCUGCUCUCCUGUCUACUAUUCCAUUACCAUUCGAUUGUCUCUUUAUAAUGGCCUUUAAUCGUAUUUGAUUUGCAUCUUCUUUGUAGGCUUAAUAAAUCUAGGUCUGUAUUUCCUCCCACCACCAAAGGCUCUAAACAAAGCAGUGAUAAAAGAAAGCUUCCAAUAAAGAUGACGUCAUGGCCCUGGAUUACGGGAGAUGUCUCUUCAAAUACCCAUUCUAAAUCCUUCUCUUUGAAUGUAUCACUGGAGCCAGUGGCCCAUUGACCCAAUCUGCUGAGUGGGCAGUUUCAUUCAUUCAGCAUUUAGUGAAAACAUGUUUGAAAUUUCAGUGUUAGGAAUGAAAAGCUGAUAAGGCAUCUUUUUCUCCUUCUCCAUUAUUGUAAAUAGCCAUAAACUGGCCAUACUUCAUGUGAACGUUUGAACUACAGGAAAUGCCUCCCGAUGUUAUUGUACUAAAGCGUUAUCCCUCCGGCCUUGCCACCAGGUUCUGAUCACUGGCUGUGGGAGUUGAGUUCUAGCUUGUAUGGAAGGGUUCAUUGAUUCCAUGUGAUGUGAUGCAACACAAACCCUUUACUCACAUCAUGUUUGCUAAAGUUAUUUUUUUGCCAGGAGUUCUACCUUGUACAGCAAAGGGUGUAGUCAGAUAUUUUAACAUUGCAUGGUAACAUUGUUGCUUGAGACACACCUACAAAUAAAACAUUUUUUAAUUAUAUAAUGUUUAUUAUAGGCCUGUGUUACCCCGUAACAAUUAUUGUAGGUGGUGUGGAUACAUUUUCACAGCAAAUGGUGGCAUUAAUUAACCGCAUUUAGUAUUCACACCGUGCUGGCAUUCACUGGUGUGUGUAUAUAUAUGAAUUGGUCUUCUUACUCUCACCUUGUUUAACUGCGUGAGAGGACUGUUUGCUGGGAAGUCAGGAGUGAGUAGUUGGCGGUAUAAUUGAGUAGAUAUAAGUGAUUGGUAGGUUAGGUCCAAAAUUACGAAUGCAACUGUAAUUUAAAAUACCAAAAACAAUUAAAUUCACUGCUUAAUAAACUUGGGUAUUGUGGAAGGCAGUUGACUAUUGCAUGUUACAAGGAUGCCAAGUAUGAUAUAUGGUAAAGUGGCAAUUUGAAAAAUGUUUAAAUAUCUGUAGUAUAAUACCACUGGACAAUGGAUUAUUGAUCAUACAUACAAUAUGUCUAGUAAAAUAAUUUUCCAUAUAUAUUCUUAUAUAUGCCCAGUUACAGUUUAUGUUUUUAAAGUCAUGUUGGUGAGGUACACCAUACGUUUUGAGCUAUGUUUAGCUGCAGUGAUAUAGGUUGAAAAACAAAUGACUCGAGGUUCAACCAUUCACACCCCUCCUUGUUCCUGCUGUUGAGCCAAAAGAAAAUAAAAACACAAUCCAAUUCUUUAUUUAAUUAACAUGCUAUUACCUUUUCUAUAUCCCUGAAUAUCCUGUUCUGCCAUCAAAGUAUCUAGAACAAACCGCCUUUUUAUUACUGGAUCUGGUAAACAAAAUAUCUAGGCAGAAAAUGUUGAAUCUUUAUUGUUCUUACUGUAAAAAAAACACACACCACAAGCCUUUCCUCUGCUCUGGGCACAUUUUUUGUUAAAGUCUCAAUGAGUCUCUCAAUUAUUUAUAUAAGCAUUUAUAUAAAAUUCUUUUUUUUUUUUUUUUUUUUUAUACUAAAAUUAACAAACGCAGCUCUUUUUUUCAAAGCUAACCAAAUUCUAAGCAACAUUGUUUAAAAAAGAAAGUACCCCUUACUUUUUUGUAUGUUUUGAAUGACACACAGGCUUGUCUUUUAUGAACAAAUAUGAAACAUGUAGGCGAGCCGAGUGAGAGAGGAAGUUACCCCUGACCAAACCAUGAAAUCUAUGCAAAUAUGCUUGUAGUCUUUAAUUGCAACGCAACACAAUCCCAGCUAUGAAGGGGUUUACAUUUGCAGUUGCAGUGUUUACAGUACUGCCAAAAUAAAGUCGCUAAAACAGCCAUAUUGGGUUUCUAGCAGAUGACUCCUAUUACACAAUGAAGGCUGCAUUUGCCCAUUAUGCAUUUUCCCAUGUCCUGGCUCUGGUAGUACACAAGAUGGCUGCUCACUUUAUUAUCCAUAAUGUGGUUACAUUUCAGAGGAUUGUGCCUAAAUGCAUACCUCUAAAAAGAAGUGUAGUAAACCUGAAUUUGUUUUAUGAAUCUUGUACAAUAGUCCUGCCGAUGGGAUUUACCAGCAGUAAAAAGAGUUUGGCUUGUAUCUCAAGGUAAAUGUGUUUGUUUUUUUGUUGUUGUUGAUGUUUUUUUGGUAUGGUUCGGUUAACUAUAACUUAACACUAUUUCUUUCUCUGCAUAUCUUAGGUUGCAAAGGGAAAAUGGAAGCGGAUCAGUAAAUAUUGUCCACUGGAUCUAUUCUCAGGGUGAGUGUUUUUUAUUUUUCUGUUUCUUUUAACACUUUAAUAUAUGUUCUGGUGAGAGCCUGUUAUUUAUUGGGUUAUCUUUUCAAUAACUGUAGCUUCACCUUUGCUUUGUAAUGGCUAGCAGUAUUAAAUUCUUGCCCCUGGAUUAUAAAGGGUGGACUUGCUGUUAGAUAAAUUGGUAUCGCAAACAUUUGGUGAUUCAUUCAGAUCUCAUUACUUAACCUGCUUGCUUAGCAGAAUCCAAACACUUGGUUACCAGGUAAACGUACCAUUCCCAACACGUAUGGGGUAUGUAUCAUGUGAACCCAGUGUCAUUGCUAUGAUGGUUAUCAUUCUCACUAAAGAACAUUCCGCUUAUAUAGGUUUAAAAAGUUUCCAUUUCCAAAAGAAAUUAUCUUGUUUAUGUAUAGAGAUUACCCUCUGGAAAACAUUUAGCUGUGCCAAAAUAGGAAAGUGAUUUGUUUAAAAGUCACAUUUUUUUGUAAAACACUUUAUUGUAAAGGAAGUCCACACCUUCCUGCAUCUGGCGUUGUAAUGCACAAAAAGUCACAAUGUGAGAAUGAAGUCCUUUUUGAUAACUGUUUCAAUUAUUUCACAUUUUGUUCAUGGGUAUUAAGACAUUUCAGACAUCUGUGCAGUGUUUUUUUUUUUUUUUUUCACUACAAAUAACUUAUUCUUCUCUUCUCCAGAAAUAAAAGGAGGAUGCACUUUGCCUUAAUGAGUCUCUUGCAGGAGUCGCAAAACAACCUUAAAGUAUUUAAGGUAAGUGGCUUUUUUUUUUUAAAGCUUGCCAUCUUAUUUUUUAGUUUUCCUUGUCAUGCACAAAGCCUAGACACAUGACUAGUGAAUGGAGGUCCAAACUGGCUAACCCCUCUGUGUACACAUUGCUGUGGCCAUCCCCUGUAUUUUUCAGUAUUAUUGUUUGUUUGAGGUGGCUGUAAGUAUCUUCAGUGCUUGUUCUACAGAUAGUGGCUAAAUAGCUACUUUAUGCAUGUCUCAUUAUUUCACUAUUUAUAUUUGAGAGCCAAGUACACACAAAGCAAGCAUAUCAGAGGAAAGCAUUGUCUUCAAUAACUUAACACAAGAGUGUACAAAAUCAACCCCGCCACUCGUUUUUGCCACCAGUUGAUUUUGUACACUUUGCAUGAUAGUGUGUUGAGCUUGAGAAAUACCUACACUUGUCUGGUAGCAGUUUCUGUAUUUGCAUUUUGUAAAUUCUUAAGGAUCUGUGAUAUUGUCCAUGAUUUAAAUGACAGCCAGUGGAGUAAGAGACUAUUUAUAAAUUAAUAUUUAUUCCAAUGCAAAACCUGCUUGCCAGCCUAGAUACCAGAAGCAUUCAGUGAUACUGGGCGAUGGUUUUGUUUGUAGCAAUAUUUAACCCCCUGUAUCUUCCUUUCAGAACGGUGAAUUAAUAUAUGGCUGUAGGGACGACCAGGAGCAUCAGUCAGAUCUAAAUGAGCUUGCUCACCACCUGAAGCCAUUUUUCUUUCCCACCAACGGAUUGGUGAAUGGACCUCAAAGCACAAUGAACAUAUUGAAAGAGCUCAUCCAAGUCCUAACAAACACAUUGCUAACCACCAGUGCGGAUUCAGGCAGAUCAGAAAGCUUCAAGUCUGUUCCCAUACCUCAAAGCAGAAAUUACUGUGAGUCUGGCCAUGUUUGCACAGAGCUCCUGAGAAUCAGUAAGUACUUUAAAGGGAAAGUCUAGGUUAAGAAAAUACAUACAUGUUGAACGCAUUUGUACAAGGCAGUAAAAGUAACGUAAAAAGAUGGGCAUUUAAUUUUAUCAAAAUUAUGUUCUUAAGUCCCUAAAAUUCUACCUGUUCUGAAGCCAAGCUUAUCUCAGCAGUACCUUCCUUGUUAUGCUGUCCAAUAAAAUGUUUCUCAUAGAGAAGAAUUGUGAGCACAUUUGGAAGCUAAGAAAAUGAUGGUAAAUCAUACUUAACAUUAAAUACUGGGUGUUUUUACAUAUUGCUUGAAUAAAAUACAAUAUUCAGUUUGUGCAGGAUUAGAUCCCGAAAGUGCUUCUCAGGCAAUGCUACGGGUUUAGAAGAAUUCUUGUUUCUACCUCCGCAGUUUCAACUGGUGUGUGUGUUUAUUUUUUUUUUUUAAGCUUUGUAUAAUGACACACAGGUGGUUUAACUUUGCACUUACAGGCAGGUAACAGACCAGGAGAUAAAAACAUCUAAAGUAAAUACACGCUGCUAAUGGAUGGGCUGCUGUUGACUCUUGUUUAGCAUUAAACCAUGAAAUAUUAUUUAAUUCUGAAUGGAAGGGCAGAGCCAGGGGACUUCAGACACAAUAACCUCUUCUUCAAUGAGAUGAAGCAGUUACAGUGGCUACAGUGUCCUUUUAACACGAGCACUUAAUAUGAACAGAGAAUGAUACAAGUAGAUGGGGAGCUAUGUGCAAAGGGAUCUGCAUUCCCUCACAGUACACACAGGUACAAUCCAUGGGGUACACAGCUCAGGUGCUAUAUAAUGUAUUGGAAGAUACACGAAAACAGGGCUCUCAUCUCAAGCACAACCAGUAAAUUAGCUGGAAGUAUGUCCAUAAAAUAGCCUCUACUUUAACAGUAACCAUUAACCCCUGCAGUGCUUUAACACUAAUCUUAACCUAAAUAUGACAUAUAUAUAUAUAAAUAUAUUAGUUGUUAACCUUAUUUCUCUCACUGAUAAUCUGCAUUACAGAGUGCAUCCCACUGCUUGCUCCAUCCUGGUUUCAAAUAUAUCAUAGGAAUGGUCUUUUCUCUGUAAAUCACACCAUAAAAAAACACACUGAUCGUCUAUAACUUGUUACUCCUUAUUCCUGUGAUGCUCUGUUUUUUUUAUUAAAUAUUUUGUAGAUUAUGACAUAAUCUUGUUCAGUCCAGGCACACGGUAAACAUUAUAAGAGGAGACACUAAACACAGAUUUAUCAAAGUGUUAUGUUCUAAAAAGUGAUCUAAAGUACUAACAGUGGCAAGCCAUCACAUGGAGCCAGCAGGCACGUUCCACUGGUGGCUCCUCCUAUUUCACACAUUUUUAGAAUAAACACUGAUCAAUCUAUAUCUAUGCAUAUUUUAACACAUCACAAACAUAAUCAAUCCUGGUUAAGUGACAGUUCUUCUUUAAUAAUGCCAUUAAGAAUGCUUCAUGUACAUUUCCAUGCUGUAUAUGAACAAAAUAGAAAAGGAUGAAAUUUGUACAUUACUGGACUGGGAGUGAGUGUUUUAUCUUUGGAUUUAACACAAAGUAUUCUAAUAAACAGGAGGGGAAUGCACACAUAAACCAGAAUCCACACCAUGUCACAAGUCUUGGAAUAAAUCAGUCUUUUUGUCUGACUGGACAAAGACUCUGGUGUGAAGUCAAAAUGUUAUCUUUUGGCUAGAUCCUAUUAAAAGGCUGCUUUAUUCCACUCCUCCUGUGCACAGACCAUUCUUGCAAUUUUACACAAAGUACUGCGAAAAACAUCUUGGUGCUCAAAUAUAAAUCAAAUGAAAUCAGUAAGAAAUAUAAUUUCAUGAAUGCUUUGUUUUUUUUCUCCCGAUAAAUAACUUUUAAAUUGUUCAGAUUUGCUUCUGUUAAUUUCGAUGCCAUCAAAGAAACAAUUAAGUGAUAUGCUUAUUUUAGUAUACUAGAUUCCCAAAAUGACAUGUUGACUGCUAAAUAUUGGCCUUCGCUAUGGUUUUUAUAUUGCAAUAUUUUAUCUUGCUUUAUUUUUUUUCCUGCAGAUAAACACAAAAUAGAAACUGCGGGUUUGCCAAAAGGAUCUAUUCUAUACAAAACCCUCCAGGCUCAGAUGCUGGACAUGCUGGAUAUUGAAGGACUGUACCCUCUGUAUAAGAGAGUGGAGAAAUAUUUAGAAGAAUGCCCAGAAGAAAGGUGAGCAUCAACCAGAAUAUUUCAUGUUAUGUGGGCACCAUGCUUUUGGGGUCUCUAAAUAUCCAUCUAAAACGGUUUCAUUAUUUAGGGGUUUAUUCACCUAAAAGCAAUUUGUGGAGAAUUGACAGAGAAAUUACCUGUUUAAAUAGCACUAGGAAAAGGUCUCAAAGUAAUCUGCUUUGCCAGAACCACUACUUUGGCUUCGAAUUUGCUAUUCCUUGUCAUUUUUCCAUAUGUUCCUUGAGUUGAAGUUACACAGAAAGGGAAAAAAAAAACCCCUCUAACUUUGUUCUGUGCACGUUGACUAACUUGUGCGCAUAAAAUGUUAUUCUGCUGUUUACCACAAGGGGGCAGGAACGUUUCAACUGCAUUACAUUAUAACUGAGUAGGUUUAUAGUAAAAGAACACACUACAGUGUUUUUUUGUUUUGUUUGUUUGUUUUUUUGCAGAAGCACACUGCUCCUAGAUGGACCUUAUGAUGAGACAUUUUUUGAAAAAUUAAAAGAUCUUUCUACCGAUGACAAUGGCAGUGUGGAGUAUGCUGUGACAAAGGUAACCAGAUGCUGGCUUAAAUGUUGCAGACUGAUCCUGCAAAACAAUGUUGCUUGUUCACAGCAGGCAUGCGUUCAAAUAUUCCCUCGCCCACCUCUCCCAUCCUCAACAGAGCAGUUUACAGGUUUUACACUGUAGGCACUGUAACUACUUCCAUCUUAUUGAAUUGACUAUAGUGCCUGCAGUCCUCUGGUGCCAUCUCCCUUUUUUUUUUUUUAAAACUAUAUUUUAAUUAUAUAUGCUAAACAAGUGUCCCCAGCUGCCUAUCCCUUCUGUGAUGCUUGGGGAAGCAUUAACUGGAGCAGCAGUGGGCAGCUGUGAUUGGCUGAGCAGCUGACGCUUACAGCCGAUUACAGCUGCCAAUUGCAGGUAGGCCGUUGUAUGGCCAGAAGAACAUAUAUGUCUGCCUUAGCCAUGCCUCUAGUAAGGUUUGGGCUAUGGCUCGCCAGGGGCCGUCAUUCAGUGUUAAACUGCUCAAAAACGGUUUAACACUGAAUCAGGGACUUGGUUAGAGGACUCAAGGCACUAUAACCAGUUCCAUGAGAUUGAAUUGGAAUAAUGUAUAUUUUGUUGCUUUUAAAUGGUCCAGUUCAUUGAUACCUUCAUAUUAAUUGAAGAAACGUCUGCUUUCUAUUUCUGGAUUAGUGACGUCGCCAGGACGUACUUGGAAUCCAGAGUAAUCUGAACAUACCUUUCCUGGUUAAAUACUUUGUUAAAUAAAUUUUGACAAAGUUUUAGAGUGGUUUUACAGUGGUAGUUAAAGCCCUUGUUUUAAAAAGUCACGUGUGAUCGCUUUUUUGUAGGAAUGUUUAAACGUAAUUGUGCUUGUACAACAUUUUACUGCAUUUCUCCACUAGGAACAAAUGCCAUGUUAUAAGUUACGUUUCUGAUCUCAAGAACCUCUGUAUACCAAAGUGCUGCUAUGCAAUAAUAAAAUAAGAAUAUAAUUUACUAUUAUUUCAAUUGCUUUUUUUAAGAGUGCUCUAGCUAAUAAUGUAAAGUGAGUGCACUAUUAAUGCAAUAUUAGGUUUUGCAAUUUGUAAUUGUACUGUAAAAAGUAUAACGUUACAGUGAUGUCUCUUCUGCUUAUCAUAUAUGUGGUAUCGUGACUAAAUUCCUUCCGUACACAUUUGUCUCCCCCUUUUCAUUAAAGAUUCAGCAAUAUAGAGUAGCAAUGACUGCCAAAGACUGCUCCAUCAUGAUCGCACUCUCCCCUACCAUGCAGGAGGAUUGGUAAGAUAAUGCCCUCCCAUGCAAUAGUUUUCACAUUAAAGCAAGUAUGAGUCUUGAAAGUCAGAUCCUUCGAUCCACCACUUUGUGAUGAUGGCUGUCUAUGAUGCGCCUUUUAAUACAUAAGAAACAGCCCACGGUUUAUAAGCACAUCCAGUUUGCGCAGAGUUGUAUGUAUUGGUUUUCUAAGUACAGUUAGUGAAUUAAUCACAUGGUACCGAGGGACAGCUAUGCCAAUGGAAUGUGUAAUGUAGCCCAGGGUUUGUUACUGCCUAUAUUGGUACAGUGACAUGCUCACAAAUAGCUGGUGAUGAAUGGAAAUCGUGAGCCCUGGCAAAUAUUUCUGCCACUGUCUAGAGUUGUUGGUUUUGUGAUAUAUAUAUGUGUGUGUGUGUAUGUAUAUGUGUGUGUGUAUGUAUGUGUGUGUGUGUAUGUAUGUGUGUGUGUAUAUAUUCUGUGCUAAAUAAUCAAGAGAGGAUUCAAAAGUGCCAAAUAGAUGGUUUAAAAAAUAAUAAUGCACCAAUGUAUAAAGGAUGGAGCAACCGUUUAAAACUGGCGUAUUAAAACAAAACAUGUGCAUGAAGUGACCAUGUGUGUGUAUAUAUAACUCCCAAUGUAAUCCUUCUUAAAUGACUUUAUCUAAUCUAGCCACCCACCAUUCCAGCAAAUGAUUGUAAGCACCAAUGAGCAGUGGCCUUCAUACAAACUGUGCUCAUUUGUAAUAUUUCAUUUAUGACUGGAAUUUUCCAUUGCAUGUGUCCAGAUCUGUUCCAAUAUAGCAUCUGGCCUCCCUGCUUUUCUUUUCUACCCAUAUUUCCCCUCUUUAGUAAAUUGAUUGGUUUGUAGGUACACAAUAAUAUAUAUUACUGUGCAAUUUCCCUGCAUUAAAUCAUGUUAGGCAAGUAUGUUUCUGACCAAUGUUGUUUAACACCAUAUUUCCAUUUGCUUGUUUCAGCUAUGAUCAGAGAUCUGUUAUUAAGACUGCAAGGUCAAGCUUCAAGUAUUCCGUUUCCAUCCUAGACCUAGACCUCAAGCCGUAUGAAAGUAUUCCACACCAGUACAAACGGGACAGUAAAAUAGUAAGCCACUACCUCAAUCACGAAGAAGCAGCCCCGUCGCCUAUCUUCAAGGAAACAGAGGACUGCACUCUGCUCUUGCAUAAAGUAACCCAUUAACAGGAACCAACAUAUUUACUUGAGCUGUGAAUGCUUCUCCAUGUUCCCUGUAGUUUGUGGGGAGCUUGCAGUGCACACAUGUCCCUAUCUGCUCUCUUGAUUGUCUGCACAUCUCACACUAGGUACACUGAGAUGUAUGUUGCAGUCACUAAAACCGUUCAGAGGCCGUUUAUAUCUUACGGGAUAGUGCAAAGUCCGCCUUGCCAGGCUGUUGCACGAAGGUUAGCUACAAUAUUUAAAAGAAGGAAACCCCCCCCCCCCAAAAAAAAAACAACUUUAUUUUGAAAAGCUAGGAGACUAUAAUGUUUUUAUAUGAAGCUGGACAAGCGGUGUAAUGAAAUAAACUUGCCCCUUUGCAACUCUAUGCUGCUUUUAUCUUGCGUGCCUGAUGAGGUUUGGGUAUACCUCUCACUGAGCCUUAUAUAACGGAUUGUGCGGUUUUUGACUAAGGUUUUUAACUAGUCACGUUUAAUGGCAUAUCUGCAACUUUUUGCUCUAUUUGCAGUAUGGUUUAUUGUCAGUUUUCUGUUUUUUAGAAAAAGAAUGGUGGAUGUCUACUAUAAAGGCAUCUGUUACAGAGUUGGUUUUUGCAUUAGUUGAUCACUAAUUUAUUGCAGUAUAACUGUGGGGCUGGUUGGUGAAACAAGACCAGUUUACUUUAAAGUAAUUACAUAUUACUGUAAAGAGUGCACACAAAAAGCCAAACAUGGACAGAAGAACCCUUGCACACACAUGUGGUAAAAAACCCAGUGCAUUAUGUGGCCCUUUAGAGAAAAUAAAUGUUUUAAGAGCCUUUUUAUUGGUUAUUGUCUAAAUAGAAUAGUGUGCAUUUCUGGUACAUCCCUGUAAUCUAUGGACAUCUACAAGAGAUUAUUCGGUAGAAAUUAGUAGAACGCAUUGUUGUAAAAUAUCCUUCCUACAGGUGUUUUCCUGAAGCAAUAGCUUUGUACUACACUUCUAUUUUUAUUUGUAAUUUUGCCCUGGAUUUUCCUACAGUUUACUUCUUCAUAGAAAUAUUAGAAUAUAUGUUGGUUUUCAGCACCACAGGACCCCUUUUGAGGAUGUGUUAAAUAUGUAAAAGGAAGUUAAAGUCCUUAAAAUAUUUUACUAUUCACUGCAACAUGUUUUACUGUCUAAUUGAGCAAUUGUUUCUUUAAACUGCAUGCUGUUACUGAAUUGUGACAUAAAUGGUGCUAAUGUGCUGUAAGCAGAGACCACAUAAAGGAACACUAAAGGUCACCAAAAUAACUUUAUCUAUGCACCCAAAACGCCUCAUUAAGCUAAUGUCUCUGAAGUCUCACUGCUCAAUUCAUUGCCAUUUAGGAUUAAAUCACUUUUGUUUCUGUUUAUGCAGCCCUGUUCAAACCUCCCCUGGCUGUGACUGACCUAGCCUGCGUACAAAUAUAAAUAAAAAAUCACUUUCAAUUAGAUAGUAACUUACUUUAAAUGUUUUAAUCUCUUGCUCUCUGAAUUGAACUUUAAUCUCAUACAGGAGGCUUGCUGCAGGGUCUAGCACGGUAACAGAACAGAAGGUACAAAAUUCCAAAUUAAACAGAAUUUGUAAUAAAGGUAGUAUAAACAUUGGAUGACUCUUAAGUGUUUAUGAAGGCUGUGUAAGACACAUACAGGGAAGUGUGACUAGGGCUGCAUAAACCAAGUGAUUUAACUCCUAAAUGGCAGAGAAUUGAGCAGUAAGACUGCAAGGGCAUGAUCUGUAAACCAAAACGUCUUCAUUAAGAUAAAGUUGUUUUGGUGUCUAUAAUGUCCCUUUAAAUUUCCAUUUUGUACAAACUAGCCAUGAUCAUUAAUUGUAUGGUCGCUGCUAUUGGCAGUGUAGAAAAAGGAAUUUGAAAAUGUCUAUAUGAAAUAUAUAUUCUUAUCCUGUACAGAUCGUGUUGAUGGAUGGCACACAAUGUUUAGUUUUGUUUUUUUCAAUCUUUUUCUCCACUUUCUCACUGUGUUAUCUGAUUCUACUCAUAAGAUGAUAGUUUCCAUGUCUGCAAAUGUUGGUGAUGCCUAUUUGCAUCUACAGAUCAUGCUGCAGUUCUGCAAUAUUGUUAGAGAAUUUUUUUUUUUAUUACCCUGUGAAUACAAAAUCCUCAGAUUGUCUUGCACAGUAUUUUCAGUACUAUGUAUAUGUUGGUGAAGUUUCUCUAGUGAUCGAUAAGACACAUUUGAACUCCCCACUUGGCGUGUUUAAAGAGUUACUAGAAAGUGUUCCGUUUUAAAAUUUCCAUUACUGUAAUAUAUGGGAUUUUUUAAUUUAAUUUUAAAUAAUCGUAUAGAACUCCACAAAGCUAUACAAUACAAACUACCAAGUUAUCUUGCAGGUGUUUUGUGGAUUUUAAUUGUGCAAUUUACAGUUGCAGUCCAAACUGAUGGUAUAAAAUGAAUAAUACUAUAACCAGAUAACCAUAGGGAGUGGGUUAAAGGGAAACUAUAGACUAGGAACACAAAAUUAUAUUCCUAGCCUAUAAUGCCACCCCUUGCUCACUUGCCCGCCCCUGCUGUGAACAAAGGGUUUAAAAAAAACCAAAAAACUUUUGUCCCACAUUUUUAGGUCCCGUUUAAUGACUCCAUUCUAGCAGCUAGUAAGGGGAACGCAUGAGUGCUUGGAGGGCACUGAGACUACAGUCACGGCCUGUAGUACUCUGUAUAGUACAUGCUUACUCCACGCAGGCAUUCUAGCAACAUUUUAAGGAAACUGAAGUUUAUGUAUAGAAAACUGUAACAUUCACUUUCAAUUUGUGUCCGUUACAGCGGCGUUCAUACCGCGGUCACAGCUGCGACCGGGCCCGGCUGCCCUGUGACUGGGUACCUGCCUCCAUCUUUUGCGGCCGCCGUCCAAGGGGUCCAUCAGGUGGCCCAUGCUGUCAGGGCCACUCGAUGCAUAUGGAUUGUCUGGGGGACCGGUCAGCGCUGGGCGCUUUAACAGUGCGACCGGGCCCCUGUGAUGAGAUCACUGCUGGGAGGAAGUGACUGCACGUCACUCGUCCCAGCAUACAGAGAGCUGCGCAGGAGGAAGGAGUCAGAGUGGGAACUCUGACUCCCAUCAACCCGAGCCACCACAGGGAAUGUCACCCUCCUGCACCUAAAAGGGAGGAAACAGGAGGGUGACUAAAAUAUUUUGUGUGUGUUUGUAUGUAUGCGGGUCUAUCUGUAUGUAUGUAUGUGCCAGUCUGUAUGUAUGUAUGUAUGACUUCCUGACAGCCACUAGGGGAUUUUCCCUAUAAGAACAGUCAGAUUUUGUUCUCAAUCGCCUCUAUUCCUAGAGCAUUUGAUUGGUGCAUUGUGUCUAUUUGCUGAAUAUGCACACUAGCUUCCCAAUGUGUCCCUAUGAUUAUCUCAUCCAGGGAGGGCAAAGGAAGAUAAUACACGCUUUUCAAACACUUCCUGGGGGCGACACCCACGUCGGUAGUGGAACACAUAGCGUUAGGAAUACAAACACAUGUUCGUAACACUAUAGUAUUUCUUUAAUGUUCAGAAUUACUUUUGCCACAAUCUCAUAAUUAAUAUCCAGCCAAGAUACACGGAAGAACACACUUUAAUGAUCAUCACUUUCCUACAACCAAGGACCAUUUUCUAACUUUCCUUUAAUAGGAUGGUAGAAAAAUCGCAAAGGGUUGGGGAAGAGGAUGGGCGUUUCAGGUCCAAACAUCUGUCACACGUAUGGAAUGCAGCAUUGGCUGAAACAUGCAUGUUCUCUGUAAGAUCUAACGUACACAAACAGCUGGCACUAGUGUGUGUAUAUAUAAGUAGUUCCACUAGGUAAGUGGUUCUAAACCCAGUGCUAAAGGCACGUCAGCAUCCCUAUAGGAACAUAAUUGGGAAAUUACUAAAUGAAGGGAUGUUUUGAAGACUGGGUUAUGAACUACUGGACAAGGCUUACCAGAAAGGUGUGAUACCCUGUUCUGCAACAGAACAAGAUAUGAUAGCGCUUUAAAUUAAAUGUAGAUUGUUAUACCAAAGUAUACAUCUGUAUAGUACUUCUAGUGCAUGUUCUUGCCUGUAUUGGCAUUGAGUGAAUUUGUUUUUAAACGUCUAAAGAUCUGUCAGCCUGUUUGCUUGUUUUACUUUCUCUAUUCCCCCCCCAACACAGGAACAUAUUUUUUUUUCUUCUUAUAGUACCCUUGAGCCAACCUUCAGCAACAGAAAUUUGUAUAGAAUUUAUAUUCCACUCACUUUCUGUAAAUUCAUAUUUAAUGGAUGUAUUUAUAUAUAUAUAUAUAUGUAAUUUAUUGUGAGAUUGAACAUGUGCCAUGCAUAUUGUACAUAGAGCAUGAGUUUAUAAAUGGGAAAUGACAAUAUUUAUAUUCAAUAAAAGAUUAAGACUUAAACUGCUUGGGGUAAUUAUUCAAAAACCUUGUCUAUUUCAGUUUUCACACCUUCAAAUCAGCACAGUUUUUUUAUUUUUUUAUUCCCAGUUUCCAGUUUGGCAGAAAACCUGAAUGAUGUUCUCAAUGGAGCUUUCAAUUCCAAAGGACUGGAGUAGAUUUUUGAAGCCUUUAGCAGCACCUUCAAUGACCUGUAGUUUAUCCAGGGCUAAUGCUGUGGAAGAAAUUUCAGUAUGAGAUUUUAAAUAUUGUUCACUCCAUCCCGAGUGCAGAGAGACAUCUACCUUAUUAAAAAGGAAAAAAACUCAAGCAUCGUUGAAAUAAGCAGAAUUGAAG